AUGGAACAUAUUCCAAAGAUUCACCCAGUUACUGCCCUGCCAGGUACCUGAUACAUAUCCUGGAUUUUGCCUGCCAAAUGGUGACUUGACACAAAGUCAGGAUUUAAUUGGCUAGGACAAUCUUCAUUGUGUGGCUGUAUGGCUAUAUAUUUGUUGUACAGGAGGCAGUUAAAAAGACAGAACAACAUCAAAGAUAACAGGUGUAACAGACACCGGGUAACACGAAUCUCCUUCUCUCAGCCAGACUGGAACCAUUAAAGCAUACAAACAUCCAUUCCCCCAGUAACCAGAGGAAACAUAGUUCUGGGAGUCAAUUGAUUUCUUUCAGGCCACACACGGCUUUUAUGCACAGACCCCUACAUGGCGUCUACAACACAAUAAUACAGGGUUUUCAUUCCCGGGUUCCUUUGUGCCUAAGAGAUAAUUGCGUGAGAAAAACAUAUAAUUCAAUUACCUCUCAGGCACAACAAAUCUGUACAAAAUAUACAGUACCCCAAAAGUACCCCCACCAUAACUAGGAACCCCACAAAAGUCAUAUCCCCAGAUAGCCCUGAUCUGAGUGUAUAACAUAUCCAAAUAUCACUCAGAUCGGUUUGGGGAAACGGGAAUGCCACCAGGGUAAAGUUUUGACCGUCCAGACAAGAGGAGAUAGCCCCAAACAGUUCUAGGGAUAUAGGUGUCCCGGUCGGUCUCUGUUCGGGGGUUCCCAUGCAAGGGAUUUUCUUAAUUUCAGGGUAUGAAUGCCCCCCCCCCCUGUUCGGUAGUUCCCAUCUCCUGAACGUCGCUCGCAUAGUUGGUCGGGAAGUAGAACGGGCAGCGGACUAAUCUUUAUCAGGGUUCGUGCAAGUGCCUAACCGAAAAGAGUUCCAGGCACUCGACGACCAAGUGCCACUGCCCAUGUUAGGGAGACAAAAUGGCCACCACUCCUUUGUUGACAUGCAUUUGGUUAUACGAAAUGACGGCCACCCAAGCGAAGCAUUCAUUAAUUACUUCCCUUGUGGUUUCGCUCUUAAGUUGCUGCUGUGAACAUACAGGGGUGGUCCUUGUUUGGGAGAUAAAUUGAGGGUGUUCAUUUACCAUAACUCCCGAACAGAAAAAGGCAAAACAGAAGAAAUUGGUGGUAGGUUCCACCACAAAAGGGAAACCACCAUUCUUAUCAUGCACCCAGAAAGCCACUAGAAUAGUGUAGAUAGAUUGAAAUGAAUGAUUCUCUUACCACUCAUGUACAUGUACUCUGUUGUUAAAUAAAUAUAUUAUAUUUUACGUCACUGGUGUAGGCAUAGAUUAUUAACUUGUUAUAGUAGUCACAAAUUUAAGUGGUACUCAGUUGCACAGAAUCAUAUUCAGUGCCAGUGAACAUGCUGCCUGCCCUAGGGCUUUCACUUCUUUAUCCCUCAGUAAUACAAGCCUGUAGUGUCUUUACAUAUAUUGGGUCAUACUGGCAUCAGUGAUAUGACCCUUCACUCCUGAACUGAUUACUUCCUUGACCCACAAUAAUAAUACUAUCACUGGUGAGUUACUUAAUCAUAGGUAGGAGAUGAUGCUACAACUGAUUCCAUUAAAUUAGGCAAAUCUACUGCAAAUAGAGAUGGACUUAGACAAGGAGGUGAGUGCACAGCAUGUGCAGAAAAUAAUUGACUGCUUCCUGUCCUCUCUAGACUUUCCUCAUAUAAUUUCUCCUGCGACAGACCUAUAGAAAUAUCUGCAGUUACAGGGGAAUGAGCAAUACCAUCACGAGAUUUAUCACCACCGCCAAGAGAGAUUGGGGUCCCAACUUCGGUAUUCUUCUCUGCUUUUCAGUUGUCUCUAUUGGCACCGACAAAGCCUCUGCUGAGCUCAUAAAAACACAUAAAAAACAUAAAACACAGAAGCUGUAACUCGUUAACUAUCUGUGGUAGAAGAUGCUGUACCAGUGGAAGAAGCAGCAGACAUUAUUGCGAAGAUGGUGGUCUUCAUGGGCCCAGCUGACUCUAAUGCUGUAACUACAGAUUUUUGAGACACCAAUUGGAGCAUUAAAAGGCAGAGAAAAUACAUUUGCCUCCUGGGUUAUGAAUUAGUCAACAGACAUGCUAAUCCCAUUAUCCUGAGGCUGAAUACUUCUACUAGUGUUGGUAGUGGAGGGGGUGGUGAUGGCAGUGGUGGCUACAAUUGCAAAGCGUCAGGAGUCCUCAUGGUCAAGUAAGAAGUGUUAAGACCCGGAGAGGUGCCUUGGCACUACUGCUGAUGAUGCAUUCGGGAACACAACAUCCAUUCCUACCAUUGCCAAAUUUAUAUGUGGAUUUGGAGAGUGCAUCUUAUUAUUAUAAUAACUUAAGUAUAUGAAUGUGUAUUGUGUAAACCAACAACUUUAUUUAGGAAAAAUACAUGUUUGUGGAGACAAAUUGGUUGCUGUUUGGUGGAUUUAUCCUACUAAAAUUAUUGUAGAAGAACAAAGUGCACUGUGCGGGGCUUAAGUAUUUAUAAAAGCAAUAGUAAUAAAAGGGGCUUAAGUAUUUAUAAAACCAAUAGUAAUACAGUUGCAGCUACAACACACGUGUAAAUUCCUCCAACUUAACACACAAAUAUGCAGCAAAAGAAGUAAACUAGGUGGAAUACACGCUUAGUAAACCCAGUGGAGCGCUAAUGUUUGAAUAUACACUUACUCCUUUUAUUAAAGGGGAAAAGAUAGAUGUUGAGGAAAUACAGCUGAAGCAAGAUAAAGUGGCAAAAUAUAGUGCAAUAUGUUUGGGAUAAUUGAAGUGGUUUAAGGUGUGUAUACAACGCACUCACAUGGAGCAGAGCCCUAUCCUUGUAGUGUUCUCAUAUCAUUACUUUCUUUAGUUACUGGUAAAUAGCCUUGCACCACAUUUGUAUCACUGUCCUGUGUAUUUUGUUGAUGUUGUUGUGUUCUCUUUUGUUGUUUUUUUUUUCUCUUUCAUUUUCACUGAAAAUUGUUUACACCUUUACCAUAUUUUGCAAAGACUUCUACUGGUGACAUCCCUACUUGGGGUAUGGUGAUUUUCAAAUGCAGUCAAUGUGAGGAUUUUAUAAAAUAUCUAUGUUAAUGAAUUAAUCAUAUUUAUUUAUAUAGUGGCUACCAAGUUAAAGGACCACUAUAGUGCCAGGAAAAAAAACUCGUUUUCCUGGCACCAUAGGGUCUUUAGGUCCCCUUCACCCUCAGGGUUCCACUCUCACCGGGCUGAAGGGGUUAAACUCUUACCUUUCUCCAGCGCCAGGCUCCCUCUUCCGACGUCAGCGGCAAGAGCCAUGCACGCAUUCAAUCAGUCCAUAGGAAAGCAUUUCUCAAUGCUUUCCUAUGGACGUCAGCGUCUUCUCACUGUGAUUUUCAUAGUGAAAAGUGCGGAAGCGCCUCUAGCAGCUGUCAAUGAGACAGCCACUAGAGGCUGGAUUAACCCUAAUGUAAACAUAGUAGUUUCUCUGAAACUGCUAAGUUUUCAGCUGCAGGGUAAACCCUAGAUGGACCUGGCACCCAGACCACUUCAUUGAGCUGAAGUGGUCUGGGUGCCUAUAGUGGUCCUUUAAAUAAAGACACACUAAAAAAACAGUAGCUAAUUUUUCACAGACUAGAUAUAUAUUUCCUUGUGUAAACCAACCACAUAAUGUUUCUGUACUGUUUCUGUUCUAUUUUUCAGGUUCCUCAUCAAGCAGCAGGCAAACGAACGCCUUCCUUAUUUACCUCGUCUUAUUCACAGAUGUAGAUAGCCACAGCUAUAGAAUGGGGACUAUAAAACUCUUAUUUGCACUGGGAGCCUUGAAAGGUGAGAUAUAUAAUCUAUUACUGCAUUAAAAUGUAUUUUCUCUUGCAUUUAAUUGUAAUGGGUGAAUGUGCCUUGUAUUAAUAUGUUGUAGAACAAAUUGAAAUCCCGAUGAAAAAAUAUAUAGAAUGCAAAACGUGUAAAUAGUUAGUUCUUCCGCUGCCAUGUUUUAGAAUUGCUAUUUCAAUUCCCAGUAAAAUAAACUCAGAUUUUCAUUGUUCCAAAGUAUGGCAAUGCAUGGUGGUAGAGACAUAUACCACCAGUGCUGGAUUAAGAGCAUGUUGGGCUUGGUGCUGACGAUUAUAAUGGGCCUAAUUACAGAAUCUUAUACAUGGAACUAAAAUGGCCAGACUUUCCAUGUUUCUUGAAUCUGGCAGAAGUGGUGCUGGAGAGAUGCUUGCAGGCUACAUGCAGGGCCGUCUUUAAUAACGAAUGGACCCUGGGCAAGUGUUUGCUUGGGCCCCCUGGGCCCUGACGCUCUCGCCCCUCACUCCCUGGUAUGCAAUCGCGGCAUCCAUCCCAACGCAGUGGCGGUACUAAAGUAGAAUGAAUUUUAUUGGGACCCCCAAUUGCAAGGUUGGACUAAAGGUAGAACCCCAUCUGUCGUGCAACUCCAACAAUGCUUUGACAGCUGGGACUCUACCAAUUUCCCAUGCUUGCAGGGUUGUAUUUAGCACUGAGCCAUGUUAGUAUGUUUGAAUGUAAGCAUGUGUUUGUAUGGAGUAUGUUUGUGUGAAUGUGUUUGUAUGUGGUACUGGAGUUUGAAUGCAAGUGUGCAUUUAUGUGUAGUGUUUGUUUUUGAAUGUAGGAGUGUGCUUGUAUGUAGUGUUGACGUUUCAAUGCAGGAGUGUGUUUUAUAUGUAGUGUUGAAGUUUGAAUGGAGGGGUGUAUUUGUAUUUAAAGUUGCGGCUCAGAUGCACAGGUACACACUCUGACGCACAAGCAGAUACACAGAUACAUACACUGACCACAUACAGAUAAACAGGCACAUACACUGACAGACACACUGACACAGGUACAUAUAUUGACACACACACAGACACAUACACUGGUAGACGUACUGACAGACAUACUGACACAGGCACAUAUACAGACAUACUGACACACAGACACAUAUACCCACAUACUGACACACACACACACAGACACAUACACUGAUCAACAUACUGACACACAUACACUGACAGAAAUACUGACACCCACACACUGACAGAUAUACUGACACCCACAUACACUGAGAAAUACUGACACACACACACAGGCACAUACACUGACACACACAGACUGAUAUACUAACACACACACACACAGACAUACUGGCACACAGACAGAUAUACUGACACAUGCAUACACAUGCACUAACAGACAUACUGACGCACUGACAGACAUACUGACAUACACAGAUAUACACACAUAUAUACUGACACACAGACAGACAGACAUACUGACACACACACACACACACUAACACACACAUACACUAACACACACAUACACUAACACACACAUACACUAACACACUAACACACACACUAACACACACACUAACACACACACACAUACACACACACAAACACACAUACACUAACACACACUAACACACAUACACUAACACACACUAACACACAUACACUAACACACAAACACAAACACACAUAAACACACACACACACUAACACACAUACACUAACACACACAUACAUACACUAACACACACACACUAACACACACAUACAUACACUAACACACACAUACAUACACUAACACACACUAACACACACAUACACACACACAAACACUAACACACAAACACACAUCCACAAACACACACAUUAACACACAAACACACAAACACAUACACUCACACAUACACACAUUUUUUUUUAAAAUGUAAUCCCCCCAGCCUCCUUACCUUUUGGAGUGCUGGGGGGAUUUCCUGGGGUCCAGUGGUGCUGCUGGGCGGGUGGCCGGUCGGGCAGGAAGGCGGGCGCGCGAGAGAGCACUCACUGCUUCCUCUUCAGCUCCCUCGCGCGCCGCGUAGGGAUGUCGGCGCCGGAAGAUGACGUCAUCUUCCGGCUCCGGCAUCAGUGCGGUGCGCGAGGGAGCUGAGAGAAGCAGUGAGUGCUCUCUCGCGCGCCCGCCUUCCUGCACGCCACCCCCCACCGGGGUCAGCGGGGCCCACGGGGCAGGUGCCUCGGGCCUCCAAAGAGAAACUGGGCCCGGGGCAGCUGCCCCGUUUGCCCCGCGUUAAAGACGGCCCUGGCUACAUGUUAAGUCUACAUACCCUAUGUCAAUCUCUCUCUUCCAUCUAUCAACCCAUUCUAUCUGUCCAUCUUACGUGCCCCACAGGUCUCAUCUAUUCUCUCUCACUUAUGACUCUGCCUUUUAAUUCUUUCUCCUCUCCUUCCCGUCAUGCUAGUAGGCAGAAGCUUGCUUGUUGUAUGCAGUCGGAGAGAGAGAAAGAGGUGGUUGUAGUGAGUGUAGCAGAAAAAGGGGACAUGCCCCACCGCCACAUAAUGACAGUGAUGCUGGGCUGUGAGAGAGUUAGAAGUAGCAAAAGCAAAAUUAUUUGCUCCUCUGCAUACCUCUUAAGUUACCUUUAUCCAUUCCCUCUGCAAAUGUGUGUGUGUAUAUAUAUAUGUAUAUAUAUAUACAUAUAUAUAUACACACACACACAUUUGCAGAGGGAAUGGAUAAUGGUAACUAUACAUAUAUAUAUAUAUAUAUACACACACACACACACACACACACAUUUGCAGAGGGAAUGGAUAAUGGUAACUUAAGAGGUAUGCAGAGGAGCAAAUAAUUUUGCUACUAUAUAUAUAUAUAUAUAUAUAUAUAUAUAUAUCAAUGUAUUAGGUUUAAUGGCCUGUUUGAAUGGGGUGCUGCAGAAUUAUAACAUAAUAAUUAUAGCAUUGAAUUCUGAACCUGAGACAAUGACCCCAUUUGCUCAGCACCUUGCUAACAAACUAAGGCAAGCGCCAAGUGUAUAAUUUCUUAUCGUUCAUACCACAUUCCAUUCUUCUAAGGUUGAUAACUGAUUAACAUCAAACUUUCAGGGCAUAGCUGGAUCUAGUGAACACCGCAUGGACCUUUUUAGUUAACUAGCCAUCUGACUAUAAGGCUCAACUGUUUUCCUACUGUAGUUCAGCUUGUAAAAAUAAAAGCAAGCUUGGCAAUAUAAAUCUCUUCAUUUCUGGUGUUGUAUUUUCCACAAAAUGCAAUGUUGUUUUGGUUGUGAUUACUAUUAAUUUUAUUGAAUAUUGAAUUUUAUUAAAUAAUCUAAUGUAUAUAUACAAAUGCCAGUAACAGCUCUGAAAAUGCAACAGUGACAUGUUCCUGAAAUUAAGAAAGGCUGUAGAUUUCUUAAAGCGUCACUACAGUCACCAAAACAACUUUAGCUUAAUGAAGCAGUUCUGGUGUAUAGAUCAUGCUCCUGCAGUCUCAUUGCUCAAUUAUCUGCCAUUUAGGAGUUAAAUCACUUUGUUUAUCACUGCAUGUGAUUGACCCAGCCUUCCUUAACACUUCCUGUAAAGUGAGAUCUAAUGUUUAUACUUCCUUUAUUAUACAGUCUGUUUAAUUUAGAAUUUCUUAUCUCCUGCACUAUUACUAUCUUACUAGACCUUGCAGGAGCUUCCUCUGUGUGAUUAAAGUUCAGUUUACAGAGCAAGAGAUAAAAACUUCUAAAAUCUGAUUGAAAAUUAAAAAGAAUUUUCAUGCAGGCUGUGUGAGUCACAGCCAGAGUAGAUGUAGCUAGGGCUGCAUGGACAGAGGCAAAUAUGGUUUAACUCAUAAAUGGCAGAGAGUUAUGCAAUGAGACAUCAGAGGCAUGAAGUUGUUUUUUUCGUGGCUAGAGUGUCCCUUUAACCUCUUAAGGAUGCUGGAUGGAAAUUUUCCAUCAUUGCAGUCCUCCCCUUAAGGACGCAGAAAUCUCCUCUCUUCUUUAAGAAAUGGUAAGCCUUUGUGGGGUAGUUGGAAUAAUCAACCUACUUAAAAAACUCCAAAGUGGGGUAUGGACCCAUUGUUAAAAUUCAAAGUUUGAAAAAAACUUAAAUGGCUGUGUCUCAAAUGUGCCCUUCAACGUCCACAUAUACCUAACAAAGGUACAUAUCGGGGUAUUAAUGUGCUUAGACGACAUAGCUAAGCAACAUAUGAAGUAUUAUAAAGCCGUAGCACACAUAAGGUUUGCUAAAUACACAGUACAAACUCAGUGUGUGUCAAGCUAGCGGAAAAAUGAUCCAGCGCUAAGGUUCAAAAUAUGCCUUUUGAAAUACCCUUGAUUGUCUUCUUUAAGAAAUAGUAUAUCUUUUAAGGGUAGUUGGAAUAAGCAGCCUGCUAAAAUAUUUCAAAAUAGAACACGAACCCAUCAAACCAUCUAGGAAAAUGCACACUUAAAAAUCUGAAAUUGACAGGUCUCUGUUACAGCACUGUAACUUCACAAAAUAGUGUCUAGGUCAUACACUGGGCAUAUUAUUUUACUCAGAAGAGGUAACUAGGCAUACUUAGAGGGAUUUUAUGACAGUGACACUUAUCAAAUGUACAAAAUAACCAGCAAAAUUGCAACAUAUAUGUACAAAAUAAAAAAAAUAUUCUCACCACAAAAUUUGAAUUAAAUUGACGGAAAAAAUGGUGGCACGUUAAUCUAUAAUAUAUGCCUAAUAAGAUACCCUGGAGUGUCUGCUUCCUCAAAUGGAAGGCCAUUGUGGAGUUAUUUGAACAGUCAAACUACUAUAAUGCCACAAAAUCAGACAUCUAUAAAAAUUCUACAUAUAGAAACUAAAAUAGCAUGGUCUCCUAUCUGGCAUUGUAGCUUCACAGAUUAGUGGCAUAGGCAUACAAUAGGGGUAUUAUUGUACUCGGCAGAUGUAGCUGAACACAAUAUGGGUUCUGUGGGUAUCUGUACAGGAUUAGCACACACCAGCUUUACAAAAUACACAUUGCAAAAACUGUGUUAUAUCUGUAUUUGUGUUAAGGGCUCAUGAUAGUACAGAAGAUACAAACACUGAUAAGUGUGGGAUAGUGUGAAAGAGCAAGUCGGUUGUGGUGUGCCGGAACCGACGAUGAGGUAGGCCUGCAAAUAAAGAGGGCCCACCAAUAAGAAAUGUAUGAGAAAAAGGAGUUAAUAAAAGAGGAGUGGGUGGGAGGGUGAUGCAGCGCUGACCUCGAACGGUAUGGAGCCAGGUAAGGGGUGUCCCUUAAGUAGGGAGAAGGUGAGUCAUACGCCCCUCCCACAAUUACAGGCCAAAAGGCCUUAAUACUUGUGUUAAGGGCUCAUGAUAGUACAGAAGAUACAAACACUGAUAAGUGUGGGAUAGUGUGAAAGAGCAAGUCGGUUGUGGUGUGCCGGAACCGACGAUGAGGUAGGCCUGCAAAUAAAGAGGGCAAAAGUAGAAAAUAUACUUUAUUACGAAACGAGCAAUAUACAUACUUCAACCAGACAUAUCUUGAAAGGCAUUUCUAACUUCUUGUACCGGGUUAGGUAUGUAUCUAGAGUAUGCAGAAGACUUCCAGCGCCCUAGUGACUUGAUAACAUGUACUGGAAUGUUUGCACUGGACGCUGUGGAGGCCGCCCCUAUGCGGAAGGAGUGGCCCGAAUAGUUAGCUGAUUUUAGGCCUAGUUGUGUAAGUAGGGACCUGACGUGGGUCAUGAAGGUGGUGGUAGUGAGUACCGAACCUUGUAGACAGAAAAGUGGUUGAGAUGGUGAUGCUUUGAAAUGCUGAGUAUAGGUGUCCAGUAAUGUGACGGGGCACCACACGUUGUGGGUAGGAUAGUAUCUAACCUCUACCGGGGGUGCGUGUUGAUUGGUUUUGGAGUGAUGCAGAGCUAAAAUAUAGUAAUCCAUGUGUUUCGUUAAGUGUGAAUGAAGCAGAAUGUGAGUGGACUGGGAUGUGUUGAUGGCGGUAAAUUCUCUUGGUCUCAAGAAACCAUAAAAAGCUACGUAUAUGGCGGUUUUUAUAACAAGGUUUGUGUUGUUCGCAAAGGGUUUUGAAUCUAGUAGGCUGGAUAAAUCCUUGAAGAUAUUGAAGUCUAUAGGUAGCCUUUGCGCGGUACGUGGGGGUUCGGAUCUCUGGAUACCUCUAAGGAUGUUUUUAUCUGGUAGGAGGACAUGAAACUUGUGUUGUUUGGUUGUAAUGUUAGCAUGUGAUGUUGUAUGCCUGUCAGAUAUAGCUUGAUUGUGUUGUAAGAUAAUUUAAGUUUGAGGUGGCAAAAAGAAGCAAAACCUAACAAAGAUGUCAUGAUGAAAGGUUGUGUGACGUUGUGCAGUGACAGGAAUCUUUUAAAUAGAAGGAAAGCCCUGUCAUAUGUUCUCCGGGUAUUGGUGGACAGUGCUAAUUGUGCCAAUGUCCUGCUAUGUUGCAUAAUAGCUUCUAGUCCAUAACUAGCUGGUGGAAAGGUGGAGUGGUCGUGGCUGUACGUGCGGCUGACGGAAGUAUUUGCCGAAAAGCCUGAAAAUUGAAACGAGACAAAUUGUCAGCAGCCGUGUUACAAACACCUGGGACAUGGACACAAAACAAGAAGAAAUUAUGGCAUGCAGCCAGCCAGGUGAGUUUCCUCAAGAACCUCAUAAUGGUCAGUGACUUGGAUCGGCCUUUGUUUAUGAUGUGGCAGGUAGCUUGGUUGUCUGAGUGGCAACGUACUGACGAACCUGCCCAUAGAUGCCCCUAUGUCACGGCAGCUGCCACAAUGGGAUACAUCUCAAAUAGAGCUGAGGUAGUGGAAAACCUUCCAGGUCCUGUACCUCUGGAGGCCAGCUACCCCAAAGCCAUUCAUUCCCGUAAAUUGCUGCAAAACCUGUGGUAGACGCCGCGUCUGACCAGAUGGUAGGUGAGGAGUCAGACAAUUUAGGGAGAAACAUGCUUUUCCCAUUCCAGGUGGUCAAAAAGUUUCUCCAUAUAAGUAGGUCUGCCGUGGCUUGGGUAUCCAGUGGUAACCUGUGUGCAUCAUGUCUAAACAGUGGGAACAUGGUUAGGAGCCGUGAGAUGAAAGCCCGGCCUUGAGGUAUAAUGCGCAUGGCAAAGUUCAGUGACCCAAGUAGAGACUGCAAUUCUUUGCGAUUGCAAGUACCGAGGUGUAUGUAGAGGUUAAUGUUGGUGAGAAUGUUCUCUAUCUUGGUGCGUGGCAGGCUGGCUUGCAUGGUGGCUGAGUCUAGCAUGAUUCCCAGAAAGGUGAUGACUGUAUCUGGUCCUUCAGUUUUGGUGGGGGAGACUGGAACACCCACCUGUUUAAAAAGACUGAUGGUUUCUAUGAGGCUACUGGGAGGGGAAGUGUUCUCUUCGAUCAGUAAGAAAUCCUCCAGGUAGUGUAUAACUGUAGGGCAUCUGGCUACAUUUAAUAAUAACCAGCAUAAUGUUUCGGCGAAUACGUCGAAAAUGGCCGGACUACUUUUUGAACCAAACGUUAGGCGUGAGAAAAAGUAGUAGUGCCCGGCCCACUUAAUGCCAUGCAGGUGCCAUAGUGUAGGGUGGAUAGGCAAUAAUUUGAAGGCAUUUGUAAUGUCAGUCUUGCUGAGCCAUGCUCCGACCCCUGCCAGCAUGAUAGCUGUAAUGGCGUGAUCUAUGGUGGAGUAUUGAAGUGAAAAUUCCUCAGAGGGGAUAAGGGAGUUCAGACUAGGUGAGGCAGAGGUGUGAGGUGCAGACAGAUCGAUGAUAAAUCUUUGUUUGUGGGAAGAUUUCCCUGUGACAAUACCGAUGGGGUUUGUCCGCCAUGUGGAAAAAGGAGGGGACUGAAAGGGUCCCAAUAGGAAGCCCUCUGCCACUUCUUUGGCUAGGGGUGUGCUAACCGCUGUAGGGUUUUGUUGUGCAGAUUGUAAAUUAGGACAUUCAAGGAUUCCUGAAGGCAUGUGUAUGAGACCAGUAUGGAAUCCUUGUGAUAGAUCAGUGAUGAUGAAGUCUACCAAAUGUCUAGAUGGAUGUUGUGACAGUAAUGCCGUGAGUACAGAAAUAUUUAUCUCAGUUAAGUAUUGCUUAGGGUACAUUUUAUUUGGACACAUGGUUUUCGCAUGUGCCCUAAAACAUUUUGAACAUAUAUGCAAUAACCGACAACCGCUGUAAUUACAUGCACCGACAUUGAAAUUAUUACAUAUUUGGGACUUCCCCAAAAACUUGAUAGGUCGACCCAGUUUGUCUUUGGGUGUUCUCUCUGCUGACACAGCGGAGCUAGUGCCCUGCGAGGUGGUAGGUUCGUUCGCAGUGGUCGGACAAAAAUUGGCAGUAUGAGCCAUGGAGGAGCAGUGUGCACAGGCCGGUGCUCUUAGACCUGCAAAGUGCCUGCAAAAAAUGAUCGUAUCAAUCUUACUCCAGUUGGACCUUGUCCCGUACUGUGAGAAGGCGCCAGACACUUUGGCAGAAAAGGAUCUAUGGUAGUCAUAGAAAGCUGACCCACCAUAUUUGUUGCCCAGAUCAACCAGCCUGUGCAUAUAUAAGUCAAACUCCUCACGUCUGUGGGGAUAUACCGUACAGAUCACAUCCCGAUAAAUGCCAAAAGCUAAUACAAAUUCUGGAAUGGUUAGCUUCCUAUUUAAUCGUGCAUCCCUAGAUUUGACCACCACAGAAAUAUCGUCAUAAGCGUAGGUCUUAUGUUCCACUAUAUCCUGGGAGGCAAUUAGUAGUGAGGCCAGAUUGACAUCUUUACCUUCCAGGAUAUCUCUCCUGAGGUGCUCAGGAAUCAUGUGUGCAGGGUAAACCUCUUGGUCAUCCGAGGUGAUAGCUGGAGAAACUGAUUGCGAUUCCACCACUGAUGGGGGAAUUGCCGUGGCCGGUCCAGCCAUAGUGAGGGCUGUAGUGACCGAUUCAAGUUUCUCCAGCCUAGAAUUGACCUUGCUCAUGGAUGCCAUGAGGGACGUGAGCAUGUCAUGUAUGUUUCCUGGGUUGGACUGGCUCGACCCUUCCCCAGCGUCCAUGUUAUCGGUUGAGGUGUGUAGUAAUUUGUAAAGUUCCGCUUUCCUUGCUGUUGCUGGAAAAGGGAUUUGUCGUCUCCUGAGUUCGCUAGUGAUGCGAGGGAUAGUCCGUGAUCUGAAAGAUGCUGGACUAGCCGUAUCUUCCUCCUGUGAUGGGGUGUUUGUUCUAGCCGGAGUCCUUGGGAUGGAGAAAUCCUCUACCCCUUCUUGAGACAUACUAGAUUACAAAGUAUAUGGUUAGCGUAAAAACCCCCAGGGGAUGUACUGGCAGGCUAAUUAUGCCGGAUGAGGUGAAAAAAUUAAUCUUGUUCUUUGGUGACAGGUGAGGCCCUGCUAGUUGCCAAGUGGCUAUGAGAGGCUCUAUCUAUGCGUUGGCGCGAGGGGUUAUUUGAGGCCACCCGACGUAGUGGCAGGAGUUCGUAGGCCUCUCGGUGACAAUACAAGAAAACAGGGGAAGGGAGUGACAGGUGGCACCCUCUCUAUAAUUGCGAGGCGGCUAACUCACGUGUGGCCCGGGGGGCAUUACCUCCGAAACGUUGAGGCGGGGUGUUGGCCUCGCGGACCACUAAACGAUAGGCAGAAUGCCCGGAGGGGGGAUACCUAUUUGGGCCUAUAACCCCUAAAAUUUGCCAGUACUCUAUGUCCUAAGUAGAGAAGGAACCAUAUGUGAUGUAUGGCGUGAGCAGGCUUAACGUACCUGGUAGUAUGUAUGAGUUUGAUAAGCGAUAGGUAAAGAAAACUGGAAAAAACCUAAAGGGAUAGAAAACCAGAUAUGAUAGUGUGAGAAUUGGAUCCUAUGAUACCAAUUUAGACUAGUUAGCUGUGAUGAGUGCUAGCAGUACAUAUGGAAGGGGAAUUUAUGAAUGGUAUUGGCCCGACUGGCCCUGUUAUGUGGUAUGGUAACCAUGCUCAGGCAGGGUGUGUAUGAUAUGUCUCUAUGGUGACAAGAUUAAUGCGUAUGAUUUAGUAAUGCUAGUGUUUGUAGUAUAAUAAGGUGCAGGAUUUAAAACAAUACUGUAUAUUUUAGGCCGUAAACGUAAGCCAUGAAAAGAGGUAAGUACGAGGUACAGAAAUAUUUGAGAAAUUAUCCCAAAUUAGGAAAACAACGUGACGUAUGAGUGGUUGAAUCAAGACGUGUGAUUCAACCCGAAAGUUUGUGAGAUUUUUUGAGACCGUGUUCUUGUGUACUUGGUAUGUCGUUUGAGUACACAAAGAAAAAGUCAGAAUAUAUAAGUGCCAUGUAAGAAACGUGAGUACAUGGUAUGAUAGAAACGUAAUUUCUAAACAUAAUUUAUAACCUAAAUCCUACAUGAAAUAUCUGAAAAAAUGUAAAAGCUUGUUUAAGCAUAACUCCAUAAAUAUAUGUAUAUAACAUGAAGAAUUUCAAUAAAACUUAAUAAUGCCAUAUCUGCUAAUAGAUUGAAACCAUAACCUAAUAAAUACUUAUUUAUAAGUAGUUAACAGGGGUAUUGCCCCAGUCAUAUGCAAGGAUUUCGUAAUUUGCAUAAAUAAAUAACAGUAAUAACAUGAAACCAACUAUAGCUACUGAUAUUGCAGAACAAGUUUGCUUAGUACAAGAAACCGAAACCGACAUGCCUGCCGGCAGAAAAGGGGUUAAUAUGCCUGUAACUUGGCCGUAAAGCGUGUGGCCGUAAAGUAAGGCCGUUUUAAAAUUGCGACACCGUGGGAAAUGAUCCGGGCGACGGACUUACGAUUUUGCAGUCCUGUGGACUUAAUCUGCGACGAAACACCGGGUAUGUGCGUGGCUGACACGGGCGGAAAACCUGUAAGGAUUCCUGGACACAGCUACACCAAACGAAACCGCGGAUUUUUUGAAAAGCAAGAUGGCGCCGUACGUGAACCGGAAGUGGAUUCUCAUGCAGCGCUGACCUCAAACGGUAUGGAGCCAGGUAAGGGGUGUCCCUUAAGUAGGGAGAAGGUGAGUCAUACGCCCCUCCCACAAUUACAGGCCAAAAGGCCUUAAUACAUGCCAGAGAUUGGCAGUGAAAUGGCUACGUAAAAGGUGUCAAAAUAACCUUUGGUAAAUAGCCUGUGAUGUCUACUUUAUAUAAAUAUAUACUUUUGUGUGGCAAUUUUGUUUUCUGUGAUGGGUAUUAAACUUCCAAGACAAACAUACAAACUUCUCAAAUAGUUUCACAUUGAAAUGUUAUUUUAACAAAAUAAACUGAAAUCCUACACAUAUUAUGUACUCUAAAUCAAGACACAUAAAUGAAUUAAUUUUGAAUUACAUUUCCUAAGCUAGAUGUAUUAUGCACACGUUAUUAUUGCCAAAACUUGGGGGGUAAUGCAUUUUGUUUGUUUGUUUUUUUCCAUUCACAAAACAAUUUGUAAUAAAUGAGAAUUUAUAUAUGUUCACAUCAAAUUAAAGCCCUUUUUGUCGUCUGAAAAACUGUAUUUAACCCCUUAACGCCAUUACGGCGUUCUAUGCCGUCCGGCAUUAAAAGGGCAUUAAAGCCGUUGCGGCUCAGCCGCGAUCCUCUUCUGGAGGGCUGCCUGACAUCACAUGGCCCCCUAUAGCUGGCUGUGCAUCUGCCAGCAGGGGGACUAUCUGAAAUGUCAGACAGUUCCCCUGCUGGUGGGAAAGUAAAAAAAAAAAAAAAGAAUUAAACAUGUGUAAAAUUUAAAUAGAAAUGUAUUUAUAUAUAUAUAAUAUAUGUAUAUAUAUUAUACAUAUAUAAUAUAUAUACAUAUAUAUAUAUGAAACGUCAUACAAAGUGUAUUUUAAUAUUAAUAUAAGUACAUAUAUUAGUAUUAAAAUACACUUAGAAUGACGUUACAUAUAUAUAUAUAAUAUGUAUAUAUUAUAUAUAUAUAUAUAAUAGAUAUAUACACAUAUAUUAUAUAUAUAUAUAUAUAUAUAUAUAUAUAUAUAUAUAUAUAUAUAUAUAUAUAUAUAUACGUAUAAUUACAAUAAUAAAUAAAAUAAUAAAAUUAGUAAAUAAAAUAUUGAAACAAAAUUUUAUAUAAAUUAUAUAUUCAUAUGUAAUUUCAUUCUAACUGUAUUUUGUUAUUAAUAUAUAUAUAUAUUGGUAACAAAAAAACACUUAGAAUGACAUUCUAUAUAUAUAUAUAUCUAUAUAUAAAAUACAAAUAACCGCAAAUAUAUAUAUAUAUAUAUAUAUAUAUAUAUAUAUAUAUAUAUAUAUAGAUAAAUACAUAUAAUUACAUAAAAGAUUACAUUAGUAUACACGUAGAAUUUAAAUACAUAUAAAUGCAUAUAUAUUAAAAUUCUACAUGUAUAUUUAAGUAAUCUUUUAACAUAAUUAUGUGAUUUGAUUAAUUAAAAUGUGAUUGACAUGCCUGACAACACAGGGAGAAAGUGCAGAGAAUUUAAUUUGCAAGCACUAUAUUUGACCCUGUAACUCUCCAAGACACCAUAAAACCUGUACAUAGGGGGUACUGUUUUACUCGGGAGCCUUUGCUGAACUCAAAUAUUAGUGUUUCAAACUGGUAAAUUGUAUUACAACGAUUAUAUUUUAAGGAAAAGUUACGUUUGCCUUUUUUACAAACAAACGGCACUUUUAUGGACUAUAUUAUUGUUGUAAUAUGUUUUACUGUUUUAAAACACUAAUAUUUGUGUUUAGUGAAGUCUCCCGAGAAUAACAGUACCUCCCAUGUAGAGGUUUUAUGGUGUUUUGGAAAGUUAGAGAGUCACAUAGAAGGCUUGCAUUUAAUUUUUUUGACAUUGAAAUUUGCCAGAUUGGUUAUGUUGCCUUUGAGAGCGUAUGGUAGCCCAGGAAUGAGAAUUACCCCCAUGAUGGUAUACCAUUUGCAAAAAAAGACAACUCCAGGUAUUGCAAGUGGGGUAUGUCCAGUCUUUCUGAGUAGCCACUUAGUCACAAACACUGGCCAAAUAUUAUUUUUUUGCUUUUUUUUUACACAAAAACAAAUAUGAACGCUAACUUUGGCCAGUGUUUGUGAAUAAGUGGCUACUAAAAAAGACUAAAGAUACCCCACUUUCAAUACCUUGGGUUGUCUACUUUUUCAAAUGGUAUGCCAUUAUGGGGGUAAUUCUCAUUCCUGGGCUACCACACCAUCUCAAAGGUAACAUUACUAAUCUGGCAAAUUUCAAUAUGAAAAUGGAACGUUCUAUAUGUGACCCUGUAACUUUCCAAAACACCAUAAAACCUGUUAAUGGGGGGUACUGUUGUACUCAUGAGACAUAGCUGAUUACAAAUAUGUGCAUUUGUUUGUAGUAAAACCUAACAGUAUUAUGACAUUCACAGCUAAAAUGUCAGACGGAAAUAUAAAUGUAAAAAAAAAAUCUUAUUUUCUCACAGUUUUUUAAAUUUUAUUAAUAAUAAAUUAGGUUCCAUAUAUGAAUAGUUAAUGAUAAAUUAAAGCCCUGUUUCUCCUGAACAAAAUGAUAUAUAAUAAGUGUGAGUGCACUUAAUGUGACAGCGGUGAAUUACGGUUGAACAGACAUAAAGCGCAAAUUCCAGUUUUGGUUUAUGUUUUGUUUUGAUCAGAACGUGCACUAUUGACUCUGUCCUGAAGGGGUUAAUAUGCGUUGGUACAAUAAAUGACAGAGAUGCAAACUGCAGUUGAACACAAACAGCAAAAAAUUCAAAAAUUGCUUGCAUCCUUAAGGGUAAGACAAGUUUCUGAAGCUGUGUCCUUAAGGAGUUAAACUUCACCUUUUGAGACAUAAUACAUAUCUACAUCUAAAACUGUGGGUGGGAUGAUAUAGCUCAGCUAUUAUUUCAAUGAACAUCUGUCCAUCAGAAGUUUAUGGCACAAGUAGUUUAACACCGGCGUCACCCCAAUAAGAAGUUCCAGUUAUCACAUGUGGAACUACACGGUACAGUCAGCAAAUCGCAUAAUGUAUGUUUUAAAGAGCUGAGGGUUGGCUUGGCUUGGCUUGGCUCUGCUUGGCUUGUCUUAGAACUACAGCUUUUUGUUACAAGGCUCUCAGAUCUGAGAGUGAAAUUGUCCAAAGUUUUGCUGGUGCUUUUUUUAAAUCAAAAAAUACAAAUGACUCACUUCUAAAUUAGAAUUUAAAUGCAGGUUUAUGCUGAUGUGCUUAAGCAGUCUUAUGUCACCUCUUUUACGAUCUUGUACAGUUUAGUCUGCCAUGUAGGAAUGCGCAUGUGGAUAACCAGCUUCCAGUCAAAGUCCAACUAAGUUAAAUAAAAAGUAAAAAUACCUUUUUCUGUCCAACUGCAGAAAAGCUGUGAGUAUCAGGGAGGGUAAGGAGCGCAUCGUCAUUUAGAUAGGGUACUGGAUAGACAUCAAGACACAUUUUUUUUAACAUAUUUCUGAAUAGUGCUCUGUACAGGAAAUUGCACUUUUGUUAUCCCUUCAUAUGCUAGCUAUGCGUCCAGUGUAUGUAUGAGUUAACGCAUUAUUAUUUCUUUUUUCUUUAAAUGUUUAUAUGGAAAGUAGAUAGAUCAAGUAUUUUUUGUUUUAGCGGUUUUCUUAUCUUGUUGUUUUCUGUGUUUCAGUGGUUCUUAUGCAAAACAUCCAUGUAUCGCAAACACCUAAAGUAGUGACAGAAAAUGGCAGCACAGUCACUUUGCAAUGUGGCUACACCCUCAGAAAUACAGAUAUGCCAAAAUAUGGGUGGUACAGUUGGAGCAGACAUAUGAUAUCUGGACAAGAGGUAUCUAAUGUCAGUGAGUAUUUCUCAGGCAGAGUGUCCAAAGUCAGUCCUGUUGAUUUCAUUAGCAAAAGAGUAGCAGAUAUUCACCUGCACAGAGUGGUUGUUUCGGACACAGGCGUAUAUUUUUGUGAAAUUUAUCUACAUACCAUCAACAUUAUGAUAACAGGUCAAGGACAUGGAACAUUCCUGCUUGUGACAGGUAAGAUAAAUAAAGAUAAAUAAAUCAAUGAUUUUCACUUAAUCCAGUGCUUUGCUAAUCGUCCAUUAGAAAGCAUUAGCUCAUAGUCUAUAUUUAUUUACAUAUAAAAAAAUAUUGAAGGAUAGCACUCCAAGGACUUAAUAUAAAAUGUAACUUUUAUUACCUUCUAAAUAAAAACGGUCAACGUUUCAGCUUGAUCCCCUCACGCUUUCAAGCCUGAAGGGAUCAAGCUGAAACGUCCUUGGAGUGCUAUCCUUGAAAAAAAUUUGUGUUUUUGUCUGGACAAGCACCGGGCGUGAUAUUCGUUGUUUGAGUGGAGUGCAAGAUUUGUUACUAUUUCUUAUUUACAUAUAUAUAUAUAUAUAUAUAAUUUUUUUUUGACUAUUUUUAUUGCGUUUCAAAGAAAACAAAUAAACAUAGACCAUACAAUGUUAGCAAUAUAACAACUCAAUUAGGAUAGAGGAACAUGUAUAUAUCUGCCUGAAUAAAAAUUAAAAGCUAAAAGUGGGUACAAAUAAAAGGGGGUGGCAGGGAGAGAAGCAAUUGAUACUGGUGGCAUAUAUAACAGGCAUGAUUGGUUCUUACAACCUAUGAAAUAGCAUAAUAUCUGAACAAUAAUCUGAAAAUACAGCACCUAAAUUAGCCUCCGUUGUUUUUUUAAUGAACUUGUAGGUUUAGUCAGCUCUCACGACAACCUCAUCUUCCCCACAUCGAAGGAGUCUUGACCCCACAGAAACUCAUCCCACUGAUUCUGUUUUUUUACCAUGGCCUUGUUCUGGUGUAUUUGGCAGUGUCCAUAAGCUAAAAUGAGGGAUAUUUGCUGGGUCAGAUCCUGGUACGUAGGAAUAUUGGGGGGACUUUCACGCUCAAGCAAUAAAUGUGGUUCAAUGCUGCUCUAUUUCCCCUGUGAUCUGCUUACAUGAUAUUUUAAUACACAUGCGCUAGACGCACUGACGUCAUACAUUCCCGUGGGAUACGCGAUGACGUCAGAUGCAAUUACAGACGCUAGAUACGGAAACUGUCUUUCAUGCACAUGGGAUGCAGCGAAGGAAUUGAAAGGGUAUUGCAAUUCUUCCACAGCUGUUUUUAUUUAGGUAUCUAAAUUUAAUUUGGUAGUGGGUAUAAAUUUAGGAAUAGAUGCCAUUUAACUCUAAGAUCCCCCUGACGAAGGCUGAAAAUUGGGGAGUGAGAGAGUCUCGAGCUUUGGGUUAGUAUAUCCCUUAUGCUUAUUUGUAUUGGAUUAUUAGUGAGAACUUUAGUGCCUGGGUAGCUAUUUAUUUGGUGCAUUCUCGGCAUGUAUGCACUUUAUUUUCUUUGGAGUAUUUCAUCUUGUAUUUUGAAUAAAUAUUUUUCUAUGCAAUUCCAUAAGAUGUGCCUUGAGUUUAUUUUUCCUCAAAUGGAUCUGACCUUGAUCCAGAUAGAAGUACAGUAGUCGUUGGAUUUGUAUAUAAAGCUUUAUAAGCUUUUAUAAAUCCAAUUGGUAUUCCAUAUUUCAUUAAUGUUUGAAACAAAAAUCCCAAUGUAAGCGGUCAAAUACCUUCUCAGCAUCAAGUGACAUGAGAAAAAAAAAGAUAAAAAACUUUUAAAGUAAGUUAACAUCUGAUUGAAAAUGAAAUCAAUUUGUUGUCAUGCAGGCUGUGUCAGUCACAGCCAGUUGAGGUGUGGCAAUGGCUGCAUAAAGAGAAACUAAAGUGAUCUAACUCAUAAAUGGCAGAUAAUUGAGCAGUGAAAAUUCAGAGGAAUGAUCUAUACACAAAACUGCUUUAUUUAAGCUAAAGUUGUUUUAGUGACUAGUUUCCAUUUAAGUUCUUUUCCCGUUUAACAAUUGACUUGGGUCUAAUUUAUCCCCUUAUGGAUAAGAUUAAUUAAGAAUAGUUUGCAGUGAGUUUAUAAUAAUAUUUUUGUUCUAUUAUCUUUGUUAACGGUUGUAGUGGUUUGAAAGAACAUCAUGGUUUAAAUAUUUCAUUCAAAACGGAAGAAAUUCUCAUAUAACUCAAAAAUGCUCAAUUUGCUAUCUGGGGCUUGUGCUGAAUAGAAUGGAGAGGGGGGUCUUUGUAUAAAUUGUCUGUACCAAUAAAGCAUUUGUGUUGUACUCCCAGAGCUGUGUGUCGUCCAGUUACUGAGGGAAUGGGUAUCUUUCGGCUAUAAGUUGUUCCAGAGUGGCUGAGGGAAGGAAUUAGUGGAGGUAACCGGUCAGGUUACCUGGGGUCCACUACAGUUGGUAAUAUAGCAUCAAAAUGUAGUAUUUUCUAAAUGGAGAAUGAUGUAUAAUUUUAAUGCUGCAUACGUUUUUGAGUAGUUUAUUUAAACUAUAUGAUUGUAUCAUGUUUCCCUUUUUUGUCUUCUACGAAUUACAUUGGCUCACAUUUAUUACUACACAUAUCAUUUAUCACAGCCCCUACUUGCUUCUGAAGGGUCAGACAGAUACUGUAUGCUAGAUAAAUCAAAAGAAGUAGGGCGCGCCUUGUUAAAAAUAUAUAAAAUGUAUCAAUAAAAACGUACAAUAAAAGAUGAAAAUAAAAAGAGUCCAGAUAUUAUAGUCUGUGGAUAAAAGAUGAAAAUAAAGAGUCCAGAUAUUAUAGUCUGUGGACUAUAAUAUCUGGACUCUUUUUAUUUUCAUCUUUUAUUGUACGUUUUUAUUGAUACAUUUUAUAUAUUUUUAUCAAGGCACGCCCUACUUCUUUUGAUUUAUCUAUUUCUGUUCUAGCCUUAGGGGAUAGAAGGGUUACCCCCUUUAGGUGUGCUGCCUUUUUAUAAUUUAUAAUUUAUACACCUUCUGUGGCAUUAUCAGCGCUGAUCCUACCUUGAUCCUUUUUUAGAUACUGUAUUCUGCACAUAACAAAAUUAACUUAUACUGUUUACUUAUUUUCCAGCUCCCAAAUCACCAAGCCCCAAACACAGUAAUGCCAUGUUAAACGCUCAAAGAGUGCAAUCAACAACAUUGCCCUCUAUAAUGGAGUACAAUAUCACAGGUCAGUAUUCUACAUCUUAUCACUAGCCUAAUCACUCAGUUAUUAAGUAAUAGAGAACAAAACAAAAUAUCUAGUAACACUUUGUUUACUAAUAAUGACCCCAGAAAUGUGCUCUUCUUGCAAUAUUUCAAAGGAUUUUGUCCGUAUUUCUAAUGUGUAUAAGACCUCUAUUUGCUAUCUGAAAUGUGUUUCUGCAAAGCUUAAAGGUUUUUACAUUUACUGCCAUCCCUUAGAUCGGAAAUCUUUUUUUAUACCACAAUGGGUUCCCACUUCACAUUCUCUAGUUGUUUAUCCAGACAUUGUAAAGGUAAACAAGGCUUGUUCCGCUUUAUCUGCUGUUCUCAGUGUAGCACAUAACUCGAUUGUAAGACUGCCUCGAGAGCCACAGCUUGGAACUGUGAACCAGACUGUAAAUAAACCAUUGGCAGCUACCAAGCAUUUGUUAUCGAAACACUGAACAAUUUCUCUCAUCCUUUAUGAUGAAUAAAACUAAAAUUGGGGCUAAAAAUAUUUCAUAAAAUUCUGCUAAGCAGGGAUUUAUGGGAGAAGGAAACAAUACAGUCUAGAAUGAGAUGUUCAUAAGCAGUGGAACAUCUUCCUUGUCUGGCAGUGAUCUGUCUGCUGCAGACACUCAUUCCUUCUGUGCAAGGGCUGCACUUUAAGUAUUAUCAUAUUUGUGUGCAGAAUUGUGAUUAAUGUCUAUCAUAACAUGAUUUAGUGGCACCCUUACAGGUUGGUAAUAUAGGAUUGAAAUGUAGUAUUCUCUAAAUGGAGAAUGAUGUAUAAUUUUAAUGCUGCAUAUGUUUUUGCGUACUUUAUAUAAAACUAAAUGAUUUUAUCAUGUUUCCCUUUUUUCGUCUCCUACAAAUUACAUUGGCUCACAUUUAUUACUACCUAUAUUAUUUAUCACAAUUCUUAUUUGCUACUGAAGUCUCAGACUGACACUGUAUUCCGCACAUAACACAUCAAAAUUAAUUUAUACUGUUUCCUUAUUUCCCAGCUCCCAAUUCACCAAGCCCCAAACACAGUAAUGCCAUGUUAAACGCUCAAAGAGUGCAAUCAACAACAUUGCCCUCUAUAAUGGAGUACAAUAUCACAGGUCAGUAUUCUACAUCUUAUCCCAUGCCUAAUCACUCAGUUAUUAAACAAUAGAGAACAAAACAAAAUAUCCAGUAACACUUUGUAUACUAAUAAUGACCCCAGAAAUGUGCUCUUCUUGCAAUAUGUCAAAUGAUUUUGUCCUUAUUUUUAAUGUGUAUAAGACCUCUAUGGGCAACACAAUAGCAAAGAUUAUUCCACAAAUACUAAUGAUAAAAUAUAUCUCAGUAGGUUCAGUGACCUCUUCAUAUAUAGCAGCUUCAUUUGCUAUAAUUCUGAACUUUUUCUGUAGUCAGCGAUAUUAAGAAGCACCAUCACCUGCAAGUCCACUGCUUUCUGUUACACUGACUGUCAUGUUCUUACCUAGGUUUCUCGUAACAUCUUUUUGCAAUAAAGUCUAUUGAACUAAAAAAAAUUUUUUGUCAAUUUUUGAUUUGUUUUUCACAGCUAGCUCAUCAACUAUUACCUAACUUCAGCUCCCAUCAAGUGUCAAUGUUUUGUGACAGUAUGAGGGAUUUCUGUUGUAGUGCAUGGGAGAUUUUCAGGGGGUCAAUAUACUCUUAUCAAAAUGUACAAGGCUGCAAAGGCUAUUCUUUGAAAUUAAAUAUAGCCGGGACACAGUUCACAUCAGUAUAUAUCAGAGCAGCAUAAAAUUGGAGAUUAGCCUAGCCUUGGUGAAGGUAUAGGCUAAAGAUAGGAGACGGAUAUUUACUUCACUUUCUUUACAGAGACUUCCCAGCAGCAAACAAAGAGUUAAGUUCAGAAAAACAGUCAACCAAUCAGAAAACAGUAUAAUGCAUAAAACCCCAAUAGGCCCAUCCUACAUCCUUAUUCUUUGAUGCUGCAAAACGGGUACAGGAAAAAGCAAAGUAGUCAGCACUCCAGCAUCCAAAGCCAAGUAAAGGUCACAAGGGACAUCAAACUAAAAGAGAACAGAAAAAAACUUGUGAGAGUAACGAUCACUAUCAAAAACAUGCAAACAAUCAACCUAACUAGAAAAGUAUACAAUUCAACAAAUGUAGAAAGUCCAGCAACAACCUGCACAACACAGUAAACAAAACAUAACCAAGCAAACAAAGACAAUUCAAAUGGACAAACACAGAACAGGUAAGACAUCAUGUGUCAUGCAGAUGAAGCAAACGUAACGUAUGUAGCAAAAUACAUUAUUAAAAUUUAAACUAUACCUUCACCAAGUCUAAGCUAAUCCCCAAUUUUAAUACAAAUCAGGAGGUUUAAUAUUUGCUCUUGUAUUGCUGAGAUACCACAUCUCAGGCUGCAUGGGGACACGGACGAAAGUAAAAGAUCCGAAAUGUGAACUCCCGAGACCAAUCCACUGCAGACAGAAGACCUGCCACAAAGCCACCUGACAAAAAAGGACUAUGAAAUCACUGUACCACGAACCUCAUGGGACCCGAAGGAACCGUUAACGCCCACCAAAGUAAGAAGCCAGCUUAUUCAACAUGCCACGGUAGUCAUCAAAACUUGCUUGCGAGGGGGAAGAGAAGAGAGUAAGAGAGGACACAAGCAGGAAAAACAAAGAGGUUGUAGUAGUUAGGGUAAUUCUGAAUAUAGCAAGCCAUGCAUAACCUGGGUAAAUCCAAAUUCCAGAAUACAGAUAGAAGACCGAUGUUGAAAAGGGCUUAGUACAAUGGAGGGAAAAAGAUACCUUGUCCAACAAAAACAAAUAGAGUCUGAAUCAAAAGCAUGGGCAUCGAAAACAUGGCAGAAAGAGACCAAACAGAGAAGAACUGCCAGUUUUGCAGAGAGUUACUGAAGGGAUAAAAGGUAAUUGUCAGGCCAGGAUGAUAAAAAUCCAACAACAAAGAAACACCGCAAAACUGGAAUACCGCAAAGAUAGGGGCUUAUGCAAAUGGAGCCCCUAAUGAGGUGACAGACUGACGGAUCCUUGCUAAAUACGACUUAACCCAAACAUGAAGUGAAGACAGGAAAUUAAGUACCGCCACUACAGGUGCUGUAAAGGGAUCCAUGUGUUCAUCCACACACCAACGUUGCCAGAUGUGCCAAUCGGAAAUGUACACUCAGCGGGUACUUGGGGCCUCUGAGUCCCACAGUAGGUUCCAAUCAAAAGCAGAUAGUCCCAACAUUUCCCAGGAUCCCUGGAAAUCGACUAGGCCUCGAGAAGCAAGCAUUUCUGGAGGAGCAAUGGAUUAGUCUUGGCAGGGUCCAGGAGCAGUAAUGGGUGAUGGGGAAAGAGCAGAGGGUCUGCCACCGACAAUUCCAGAAAGCCAGGAAAUCACGGUUGAAAUAGCUGUAGUGGAGUAACCAAGACAAUCAACAUUUUCUGUCUCAUUAUGAGGUUGAGAACCUGAGUGAUCAUGGAGAACAGUGGAAAGGUGUAGGCACUCAUUGUAGGCCACAGCUGUUGACACACAUCCACUGUCCAUGGCAUCGGAUUCGGAAGCCAACAGAAAUAAUCCUCCAUCUAAAGGUUUACACAGGAGGCAAAGAGGUCCAUGUUUAGAGCUGGUCCAGCUGUCUUAGAAUUUAUGGGUCCAUCCUCAAAUCGCAGGAGUCGCACUAGUGCUGGGAGUGUCACGGGUGGCGGUCUGAUGAUGAUGAUAGGAGUCUAAGCGUGGAAAUGGACAAUCAGGGUCUGGUGCAGGGUAACCACAUGCCUCCAAGCUAAGACUAGAACAGACACCAAACAAGACAAGACUAGAAGAACCCAGAACCAGAGCAGGACAGAAAACAGAACCCAUAACAUGUACACAAUACAUGAACAGGACUUUACAUGAACUGGGAAUACAAGACAAAUAAAAUUAGACAAGAGAUACAAGGCAAAACAAGAUGAGAUAUAACUAAGUUCUAUAUGUGCAAUAAACAUUGGAGAUUUAGACAUACAUGAAUGGCCAAGAUGUAUGCAGCCCACCACUGCGCCAAAGUACUCCAAUUACGGUGGGUCCUAACUGCCUAGAUAUGCAUGACUAAAUAAACAACAAGAAAACACACACGGUUACCUUACCUGCAAAGAAAGGAGCAGAGGAAAUGAGACCACUGCUUGCAGGAACAGACUGAAACAAAAAGGAUUAAUGGCAAAGGAAUGGGAGUGGCAACAAAAAACAAACAUUUAAAGGACUCCAGGAAACUGGGAAUUCUAUGAACGGAAUAAAGGAAUGAACCCAGAAAACCCAGCAGAAAGAAAACCAGAAAAGAACAAGAAAAACUAAACAAGAAUUGUAAAAAGAGUACUUGAUACCAGAAGCCAAGGCCAGACAUAUCCGCAGAAUGGAACAGGACGUGACAGGGAGAACCAAUCGGCUAGAAGGUUGUCCGAACCAAGCAAGUGUUUAAAGGCAGAACCAAUAUAUUACCUUCAUGAGGUCCGACAGUAGCUUCGACAGAGACCCCCCCUUAAUAGUUGAUAUAUUGAACUGCAGAAUAAUUGUCCAUCCGGCGAAUGAGAGAGCAGUCAACAACUUUUGAGAAAAACUGCAAAUGGCGAAGUAGCCAGGUAACAGUUCCAGAUAACUGAUGUGGAAGGAACUUUCCUGAGGUGUCCACAGACCUCCAUAUGGGAACCAAAACUACUAACACCCCAGCCAAGAUAGCUGGUGUUGGAUUCCAGAAUAAAAUCCUGUUGGGAACCAAAGAUUGCCCACCCAUUCCAAUCUUCAUUCUAUGGGCUGAUCAGAUUUUGACCAAUGCAGAUGCAACCUCCUUAACCGCUGCAUUGCAUGAUAAUUGUGGCUAAAGUUACCUCACCACUGGUUUUUGGAGGAGUCUGUUUGCCAGCCUCCUACCGUGUGAUUAUGGUCCCAAUGUUAAAUCCUGGUUAAAACCACUGUGUCUGCCUUUUUGUACUUGAAUGGCCACAAUUUGAACUUUCAAAGUGGCAUUUCGAACUCACGAACUCCUACAGCCAUUCAAAGUGCAAUUUGACCAUGAGGUGGUGGCCAUCUUCUUUGCAUGGACCAAAACUGCAAAUAGACUUCAGGGCGACUUAACCACGAAUGUCCUGGAACUAUUUCGAUCCACCAGCGGCACUUAGCCACGAUUCUAUGGAACUAUUUUCAGCAUGAAAAAUUUGCGGUUUCCAAUCGGUCCUCCAGAGGCACUUAGCUUCUAUUCUAUGGAAUUAUUCUAUGGAUUCUAUGGAAUUAUUUUCGGCUAUGGGACCAUGCCUGCGGUCGGUCAAAUAUAUGACUUCCAUAGAAUUUCUGAAGCCUUGAACUGAUCUGGGUGAUUUUUGGAUAUGUUGGUCACCCAGAUCAGGGGAUAUUGUGGGGAUAUUAUGUGUUUUGGGGUACUUUUGGGACUUUUUAGAAAUGUGUGUUUUUUGUGUUUGGAGAUAAUUGAGUUUAGUAUAGUGCUUGACUCAAUUAUCUCCAAAGUAAUGGGGAAGGCUUAUUGUAUUUUAUAUGGGAGUGUCAUGCAUUGUAACUCUGUCAUUAUUGGUUUAUGAAUUUGUAUUGCAGUCCCCAACAAGGUCCAUGUGGGCGUACCCCUUGCAUGGGGAUUGUCAUAAAAGGCCAGUGUGGCACCAUUAAAAUUGAGUUCCUGCUUACCCUCAACAUAGAGUUUCAUCUCAUGUGUGGGGGAAACAGCUGUAUCUACCCUGGGGAUUGCUAUCUCUCUAUACUUCUCUGGGACUAUAAUCACUAGCUCUUUUAAGAGCUGUUCCUGCUACGCUCUCUGGAGUUAGAGAGGUCUACUCACUGGAAUCUGGAUCCUGGUCUUGGGUUCAGGGUGGGUGGAGGACGGCGAGUUCCCAGCCAAGCUGUAACACUGGACGUGGGGACUACAGUGCUGAUGGUGUCGGGUGUAGUGCUUGGAGUCCUCAGUGAGCACUAGGAGCAUCGGUUGGCAGAGGCACCCGGUCGGGGUGCCAGGAGGUCCGUCACAAUAAUGAAAAGGGCCCAGGAAGAUCGCAUGAAUGGAUCCAGAGAGGAGGCCAAGCAUUCUUACCAGAUCUCAUAGGCUAAUCCAAUCCUUUUUGCGCAAUGAAUUUUGCGAAUUUCCUUCAUUGUGGCUGUGAUCCUAGAGGGUGGAAGUCUCAAAACUGAACAUAUCAAAUCUAUAGUGAAACACUGGAACUGAAAAACAAGAACUAAAUCUCCUGCACCAAGGAGAGUUUUGACUUCUCAGAGCCUAUGACAAACUCAAGGCCUUGUAGGAGAUUCACAACGAAACACAUGUGUCAGUGUAGAGCACUUAAUAUUAAAAUUAAGAUAAUAGGUACACUGACGCUAGCACAAUUUUAUCACGUGACAGGAGGCUUCCUAUUUUGCAUUUUUAACGCUGUAGUAAGAGUGACAUGGCCGCGUUACAGUUCAGACGAAAGUAAGAGGUGCGAAACGUGGAUUCUCUUGACCAGUCCGCGGAACGUAGGAUAUCCGAUAAUGAGGCACCCGCUGCGAACGCUGAGGAAGCUGCCGCUCCUCGUACCAAGUGGGCCUCAAAGGAAGCGUCUACGCCUGCUAAGGAGAGUAUCCAGCGAAUCCAUCUGGCGAGUGUAGUGGUAGUGAUGGGGACGUGUGGUCGAACAUAUGACAUGAGGAGUUGUCCCGAGGGUGGUGUCUGAAUCAGAAGCGUAACCACCACAUAACGUCGUAGAGUGGCUACGACGUAGAGUUGUGGAUCGGAGAUGAAGAGGUGUAGUAAACUGUCAAAGAGUCCGAUUUCGUGCGACGAGAUAUUUGGACCAUGACUCCCUCUGGGGAGACUGAAAAUGCAUAUGUCAUCGCACGGACGUCCGACACUCUGCGGAAUGACACCAGGCAGAGCAGAACCGUUAGUUUUGCUGAGAGUUGUCGGAGUGACAGUCUGUCAUUGGUCGGCCAUUCUCUCAGGAAGCGUAGGACUAUCUCGACAUCCCAGAGUCGUGAAUAUUUGGGUUCAGGGGGUCAUUGCAGUCGAAUGCCCCUGAGGAGUCGACAUACCAGCGGGUCUUUUCCUACUGGGAUCCCAAUAAUAGGGACGUGGUCCGCUGAUAUAGCGGAACGGACCACAUUAAUUGACCUGUAUGAUCGUCCUGUUGAGAACAGAUGGGUUAGAUACUUUAAAAUGGAAAGAAUAGAGGCUGUAAAUGAAUCGAGGUUCCGUUCCAUGCACCAACUGGACCAGGAAUUCCAAGAGGACAGGUAGGGUCUUCUGGUUCUUGGAGCCCAUGAGUCCCAUAGGAGGUCCUUAGCAGCCUGCGAUAGUUCGCUGACUUGCCAGGCACCCUGGAAAGAGUCCAAGCCACCAGAUUGAGUCGGUUGGCCAGGAUCAGUGGGUGGGGGCUCCCUUUUGGAUCCCUGAGGGUAUACUGGUGUGAAGGUAGCAGGAAGGGAUCCUGGCAAGAUAGGGCUAGGAGGUCCGGAAACCGUAGUUGUCCUGUCCAUAGGGGUGUACUCGUUGUCAUCCCAGAUAGUGUAUGGUCCUUGCUAUUAUGGCAAAUGGGGGAAAAGUGUAUGCCCCUGUGGCUGGCCAUGGUUGAAGGAACGCAUCUGUUGCUUUGCUCUCCGGGUCCGGGAGCCAACUGAAAUAUGUCUGUGUUUGCCUGUUGUUGUGAGAUGUAGGUGAAAUGGACCUCGAUGCUGUGCUAGACUCUGGAAGAUUUGGGGAUCCAGUUUCCAAUCACUGGUGUCCCUCCAGUGGUGUGAAAACCAGUCCACCGUGAGAUCCGUUUCCCCCGGGAGCUAUUCCGCUUUGAGGGAGAUGUUGCGGGGUAAGCAGAAGUCGAAAAUCUCCUUCAUUAUUUCUGACAGGAUCCGGGAUCGUGCCCUGCCCAGGCGGUUGAUGUAACGGACCUCCGAGAUGUUGUCCAUCCUUAGAAGGAUGCAGCAGUCCGUCUUUUCUUUUGCAAGGCUGAAGAUGGCAAAAAAUCCCGCCAGGAGUUCCAGGCAGUUUAUGUGCAUGUUGAGAUCCUGGGAGGACCAGGCUCCAUCUGUUGAUCUACUUUUGCUUGUGGUGUCCCAUCCCCAGAUGCUGGCAACCGAUUCAAGGACUAUGUCGGGUGUGCUCCCGAAGAUGGCCCGACUGUUCCAUGCUUCCAUGCUGUCUAGCCACCAGCUGAGUUCGUCUCUGACCUCCUCUAUUAUCGGGAUCGGCUGGUCGUAGGAUGGGUUUUGUCUGAGGAAAGAUGCUUUGAGGCGUUGCAUCGCCCUGUAGUGAAGUUGGCCCGUAAAGAUACCUUGUAUAGAAGCUGAGAGGAGUCCCACUAUUCGCGCGAGGGCGCGGAGUGGAAUGGUGUGGGCGUGAAUGGUCUUGGGCAGUUCUUUGCGAAUGUUCGAGAUCUUUGACGCCGGUAGCCGUAGGGUGUUUGUGGUGGAAUCUAUCUUGAAUCCUAGGAAUUGUACUGUUUGAGAUGGUGCCAUGGCUGAUUUGAGAAAGUUCACUACAAAUCCCAGGGAUGAUAGGAGGUCCGAGUAUAGCAUAUGUGCUGUAUCAGCCUGGACUUGUCGGAGCAGAACAGCAGGAGGUCGUCCAGGUAUAUAAUGCACCGAAUUUCUUGUGCUCGAAGAUGAGCGACCACGGGCUUCAGUAAUUUGGUGAAGCACCAGUGGAAUCGUAGAUAUUGUCAACAGGAAUGGUGGACGGGUACUGAAAAGUAUGUGUCUAUUAGGUCCAGUCUUGUGAAUCAAUCUUUGUCCUGCAAUAGGUCUCUCAGGUGGUGUAUGCCUUCCAUCUUGAAGUGUCUGUAUGUAACGUAUUCAUUGAGUCUUUUUAAGUUUAUGACAGAGCGAAAGUCCCCUGUUUUCUUCUUCACAGGAAUAUGUUGCUGAAGAAACCUUGCAGUCCGGAGACGGGUUUAAUUGCGCCUUUCGCUUGCAGUUCUUGUAGCUCUUUGUGUAUGAGUUCGGUGUCCUCUGUCGAGCAUUUGAUGGGGUAUGGUGUGACUGUUUGUCGUGGACGGACUGUGAAGUCGAAGAUGUUUGCAGGACCCAGCUGUCUGUGGAGAUGGUUUGCCAUUCCUGAAAGAAAAAGGAGAUGCGACCUGCAAUACGAAGGGGAAGGCAAUAUGUUAGGUGAUGGCUUACCUGUGGAAAAACGUGCUCUGGCUCGGGUACGUGGUCCACGCCCUCUGUCUGCCCCUCUGGUGUAUGAGAACUGUUGACGGUAUUCCACUUCGGGGUAGAAAGGUUGGGGCCUUGCAUUGCAGGGGCCUAAAGGCCAGAAUCGGCUGGCAGCACGGCACCUUCGGCGGCCAGCCCAUUGAAAAACACCCCUGGUGGGGUUAUGUCUAAACACUCGCCUCAUGAAAGCUUGAUCUUUGUUCAGAGAGGUAAAUAUAUUGGUCUGCUUUCAUCAGAGCAUCAUCUGCCAGGUACAUGAUCCUGGAAAGUGGUCCCACUGAGUCCAGUAGUUUGUCCUGGACUGCUCUGAAACCUUUCUCCACGCCUUUGCGUGGGUCACGGCCACCACGGGACAUGAAGGUGGUCGUCACCUGGCCAAACUCUGGUGUCUCUGCUACAUGGUCUGGUAGAGAAGGUCUUGGGCAUUCGGAACGUAGACUGUUGCGGACUGUCUUAUCCAUGGAUUUUCUAAGCCAAAGAUGCAUAAAUUUUGCAAGGUGAUCUGGGGGUGUCUUAGGUUCCUUGGGUCGAACAAUCUCUGACCUGAUGGGUCGAAGAUGGCGUCCUUGUCCUUCUGCGGAUUAUCCGUCAGCGUCAUUUACUUGGGAGUCUCCCAGUAAUGUGUGUGGCAAUAGGCCGGUUGAGAUUCGGAAUCGGUACCCAAAGCGUCCUCCUGCCAGUCUGACUCGUCUGCUUGCCACUUAUCUAAAAUGGCCAAGGACUUGGUCUGUAUGACUUUCUCUUCAGAGGACUAAUUGAGUAGCGGGGUCGGGGUAGCGACCGUUGAGGGCUUUUGUCUUUUAGCUGGGGUUUUACCGUUUGUUCUGGUGGCCCUUUUCCCCUUUCCAGUGGCAUUUGCCAGUGGAGGGUUCUUGGCUCUUAAGUGGUUCAGAAUCCUCGGAAUCUGAAUUGUGUCGGGAUUGGUGGGUUUUAGAUGGUUUCCUCUUUUUCAGUAUUAGAGGCCAUCAUUUUGGAGAGGGCUUUCUCCAUGAAGGCUGCUAUUGCCUCGUUUAUCAUAUUUUGGAAGUCUACUGUAUUUUGAGAGGCUUCCAUUUUCUGAUUUGCAGAUACAAUUUAUAUGGCACAGGGCGUAAGUAAAUAGCUAUAGAGGUCAGUGCAGUUGUACUUUAUUCACUGUAUAAGUAACACUUUGCUGAUCCCAGCAGGGUGCAGUGUUGUACAAAUAGAUGUAUUCACAAUAAAAAUAAUUAUAAUAAUUAUAAUAUAAUAACCCCAGCAGGGUCUGUGGUGUAAUUGUAUAUAAUGACCCCAGCAGGAUCUAUAAGAAUGCCAGAUUGGUAACCCUAUUACAGGGUAUGAUCAGUUAUAACUGUUUUUAUCAGGCACUGAUAGGGCCAAGAAAAUAUUUGCCCUAACAGGGCAAGCACCACAAAAUUGGGAUUUUUUGUAUUAUGCUGGGCUUCACCCAGGGUGACAGUGGUGGCCACAGGUCGACCUCCAAACUAAAGUAGCAGAUUAUGUGGGGCAACACCCCAGAUAGGCACAGAGUAAAGGUCCCUUAAUGCCAAUGUACAGCUUAAAACAGAACUUGGAAUGGACUGACCUCUUAUAAGUGGCUAUGUGAUGUGCUUGAGUUCCGUCCAAAGCGUGUCUCUCGCGGCACUGCUGGGAUAACCAAAAUGGCGGCCGCAAUCUCGCGAGAUUGCAAAUGGCCGCCACGCGUGAGAGGAGAUGGAACGGGGAGCCGCGAGAGUGGCAAGUGAGUGAAAUAAACCCCACCGAUGCGGCAGUAAAGGGCUGGGUAGGUGGGAGGGGGGGUCCGACGGAGUGAUAGUCGUCGUGUGAACGAAAAACAGGUCCGCCCGCGGGCAGGCAAGGAAAAAGAAAAUGGUAAAACCGGGCAUAAAAGUUAGGUGUAGAUAAACUAAAAAGAAAUAUGAAUAUAUAUAAGUAAUGAGGACACAGUGUAAGUGUAGUGUAUACAUAAAGGUGAAAAAGGAUGUAAAUAAAACUGAGAACACAGUUAGGUAGGCUCUGCUAGCUAGAGGGCCAGAUCAGAGGAAAUAAGAUAAGAUAAACUAAUAUAAAGGCAAAGUUUAAAUAGAGAAAAUAUAAAGACAAAGUUCAAAUAGAGAAAAUAGGUAUUUAAACCCAAUAAGAUCAAAAAAGGUAUUAUAAUAAUAUAUGUAUAUAAGGGAAGAGCCCAAAAACUCUGACCUGUCUGCGAUAGAGCAGUAAAGAAAGAGGAGGAGGAGCCUGUUGUUUGGGAAUACCUUACUCCCUAUUGCAUUUUGAUUGGUUAAACGUUUACUUUCUUUACUGCUGUGGAGUUUAGUAAAGAGAGAUAUGCAAAAUAGGAAGCCGUGGAUUUGAAUAUGGCUUUAAGCAAUAAUUAAUUUUUUUAAAGUGCAUAGGUUAAGUAAACCAGUGAAUAUAGCAGCCUCUCUUCCAAGAGAUAUUCUAGCAUGCUUUCAUUCAUAUAAAUUUAAAGAUAAAAUUAUUCAAGCAUAUAAGAAGAAGGAAAAGAAAGGUACAAAAUUUGAGAAUAUAUGUGUAUUUCCAGAUCUGUCAAUUAAUACAAGGCUCCAGAAGAAGCAAUAUGAUUCUCUUACAACAGUAUUAAGAUUUAAGGCUAUUAGAUAUAUGUGGACUUUUCCGACGGGAAUAACAGUCACAUAUGAGACUGCAGGAGAACUUUCUCAAAUUCCCAAAAUCUUAGAGAGUGGAUGCAAAUAAAGUUUCUCCCAUAAAUUAAAAAAAAAGGAAGGGAGAAGAGAAGGAAGAGAAAGGAAGAAAAGAAAUGAAGAAAGCCCUAGAAGGAUAAAGAGAAAUGUUUUGUUAUCGUAGGCAUAAUAUAUAUAUGUCACUUUGAGAGUUAUGGAAAUUGGAUAUUACAUAAUUAGAGAUAUUAAAGGGACACUAUAGUCACCAGAACAACUACAGCUUAUUGAAUUUAUUUUUCAGAGAAAAUGCAGUGUUUACAUUAAAAUAUAACCACAAAGUGAUCUGUGUAUCAAACAGGCGUUUAAACUAUAUCAAAGGGUGUAAGUAGAGUUGAGCGAACCCCCGACUGUAAAGUUGAAGUUUGUACCGAACAUUACGUUUUUUGGACCCUGGACCCGAACACAGACAUACCAGUGUAUAUUCGGGUUGGAAUUCGAUGUUCGGCAAUUUCAUGGUGCGUUUUGAAAGGCUGCAGGGCAGCCAAUCAACAAGCGUUUGACUUGUGUGCCCUUAGAAGCCAUCACAGCCAUGCCUAUUAAUGGCAUGACUGUGAUUGGCCAGUGCAGCAUGUGGCCCAGUCUCUAUAUAUAAGCUGGAGUCACGUUGCGCCGCACGUCACAUGAGCUCUUAUUAGUGUAGGGAGAGGAUGCUGCCACUUUCAGGGACAGAUUAGGAAAGAAUUCUGCAAACUAGUACAUUAGUUGGGUGCACUUCAUAUCUAAGAGUCAAAUAGAAGCGUCAAAUACUCCGGUUACAUCAGAGUUUUAAAAAGACAUUUUUUUGGGUGCUAAAUAGUACAUAUGGGCCCUGCACUUCAUAUCUGAGAGUCAAAUUGAAGCAUCAAAUACUGCUGUCACAUUGCAGUUUUAAAACUUAAAAUUUUUUGGGUGCUAAAAAGUACAUUAGUGGGAUGCACUUCAUAUCUGAGAAUAAAAUAGCAGCAUCAAAUACUGUGGUUACAGCGCAGUUGUAAAAAUUCUAAUUGUAUUGGUGCUAAACUGCUAAAUAGUAAAUUUGGGGCAUGCUCUUCAUAUCUGAGAGUCAAAUAGAAGCGUCAAAUACUGCGGUUACAGCGCAAUUGUAAACAUUCUUAUGUUCUGGGUGCUAAUUUGCUAAAUAGUAAAUUUGGGCCCUGCACUUCAUAUCUGAGAGUCAAAUAGAAGCGUCAAAUACUGUGUUUACCGCGCAUUUUGAAAAGUUCACAUUUUUUUGCGCCUAAGAUGUACAUUUGGGACGUGCUCUUCAUAUCUGAGAGUCAAAGAGAAGCGUCAAAUACUGUUGAUACAGCGCAGUUGUAAAAAUUAUAAUUGUUUUGGUGCUAAACUGCUAAAUAGUAAAUUUAAGGCGUUCUCUUCAUAUCUGAGAGUCAAAUAGAAGCAUCAAAUAGUGUGGUUACAGCACAAUUGUAAACAUCCUUAUUUUCUGGGUGCUAAUCUGCUAAAUAGUAAAUUUGGGCCCUGCACUUCAUAUCUGAGAGUCAAAUAGAAGCGCCAAAUUCUGUGUUUACAGCGCACUUUGACAAAUUCAAAUUUUUUUGCUUCUAAGAAGUACAUUUGGGGUGUGCUCUUCAUAUCUGACAGUCAAAAAGAAGCGUCAAAUACUGCGCAUACAGCGCAGUUGUAAAAAUUCUAAUUGUUUUGGUGCUAAACUGCUGAAUAGUAAAUUUGGGGCGUUCUCUUCAUAUCUGAGAGUCAAAUAGAAGCGUCAAAUAGUGUGGUUACAGCGCAAUUGUAAACAUUCUUAUAUUCUGGGUGCUAAUUUGCUAAAUAGUAAAUUUGGGGUGUGCUCUUCAUAUCUGAGAGUCAAAUAGAAGCGGCAAAUAGUGCGGUUACAGCGCAGUUGUAAAAAUUCUAAUUGUUUUGGUGCUAAACUGCUAAAUAGUAAAUUUGGGGCGUGCUCUUCAUAUCUAAGAGUCAAAUAGAAGCAUCAAAUAGUGCGGUUACAGCGCAAUUGUAAACAUUCUUAUUUUCUGGAUGCUAAUCUGCUAAAUAGUAAAUUUGGGCCCUGCACUUCAUAUCUGAAAGUCAAAUAGAAGCGUCAAAUAGUGCGGUUACAGCGCAGUUGUAAAAAUUCUAAUUGUUUUGGUGCUAAACUGCUAAAUAGUACAUUUGGGGCGUGCUCUUCAUAUCUGAGAGUCAAAUCGAAGCGAAAAAUACUGCGGUAACAGCGCAAUUGUAAAAUUUCUAAUUGUUUUGGUGCUAAUCUGCUAAAUAAUAAAUUUGGGGCGUGCUCUUCAUAUCUGAGAGUCAAAUAGAAGCGUCAGAUACUGCGGUUACAGCACAAUUGUAAACAUUCUUAUAUUCUGGGUGCUAAUCUGCUAAAUAGUAAAUUUGGGCCCAACAGCGUCAAAUAGUGCGGUUACAGCACAAUUGUAAAAAUACUAAUUGUUUUGGUGCUAAACUGCUAAAUAGUAAAUUUGAGGCGUGCUCUUUAUAUCUGAGAGUCAAAUGGAAGCGUCAAGUACUGCGGUUAGAGCGCAAUUGUAAACAUUCUAAUUGUUUUGGUGCUAAACUUCUAAAUAGUACAUUUGGGGCGUGCUCUUCAUAUCUGAGAGUCAAAUAGAACUGUGAAAUAGUGCGGUUACAGCGCAAUUGUAAAAAUUCGAAUUGUUUUGGUGCUAAACUGCUAAAUAGUAAAUUUGGGGCAUGCCCUUCAUAUCUAAGAGUCAAAUAGAAGUGUCAAAUACUGCGGUUACAGCGCAAUUGUAAACAUUCUUAUUUUCUUGGUUUCUAAUCUGCAAAAUAGUAAAUUUGGGGCGUGCUCUUCAUAUCUGAGAGUCAAAUAGAAUCGUCAAAUACUGCGGUUACAGCGCAAUUGUAAACAUUCUUAUUUUCUGGGUGCUUAUCUGCUAAAUAGUAAAUUUGUCCCUGCACUUCAUAUCUGAGAGUCAAAUAGAAGCGUCAAAUAGUGUGGUUACAGCGCAAUUGUAAAAAUUCUAAUUGUGGGGGGCACGUGAUGACGUGAGACGCCACACGUGCUAGAGGUGGGUGUGUCCGAAACGGAGAUGACGAGCGUGGAGACUAGCUAACCACGCUGAAACUAUCCGGCUGGGUAUGAAACUCGGGAGACCAUAACAAUAUUACAGCAAUUCAAACACAAGCAAGUACUGAUAGUAUAACGAUAUAUCGGACGCAUAGCUCCUUGGAAGUUACUCUGGAUGAGCAUACAGGAGCAUACAAAAAAACAAAACAGAAAGUCUUUCAAAGGAUUAUUGUAAAGAGGAAAAAUCAUGAGUACCACUGAAUAUACUGCAAUACAUCUGCAUAUACAUAUUGGUCUGAGACAAAGCAUAUACAACAAUUAGUUAUAACUGAAAGCCAUAAUUUUUAAUGCAUUUCCUUAACUGUUGAGAAACAGUUGAAAUUUUGACAAAAGUAAUUUAAUUAAGGCUACAAUUAGGGCAUAUAAUUAAUCACCAUAAGGCAGCAAAACUGAUAUUUGACAAUUAAAACACAUCAGAAGGACUUUUGUGGAGGCGGAGACGAGCGACUGAACAAGACGGACGCAUGUGAACUGAGCUCCGUGAGCGAUACUGACUAAGGCUAAUUUAAGAUCCCCACAAUUAAAGGGAAAACGCUGAAACUGACCCCAAGCUGACCAUGGGCAGGAAGGCAAAGAAGCAGAAGUCGGACAAGCUCCGGCCGGGCAUGACUAUAGGAGAAAUGUUCCGACAAGCGCAGGGUGCAUGCGGACCCAAGAUGGCCGCCGACCUCGGAGAACUGACUGACUCCUCGGAGGAUCUGUCUCUGGAUGACAGCAUCGUGGGGCUGCCUCAACCACCCCAGCCACGGCCGGGACCAAAGACCUCAGCACCUGUGACGGAGGCAACUCUCAAAGCAAUGCUGGGGGACCUCCAAAAAAUCAUCCAGGCCGACGUGGCAUUACUCCGCACUGACCUCAAAGGCAUGAUGUGCCGUCUGGGCAAGGUGGAAACCUCGGCAGAGGCCGCGAACCACGCCAUAACCGAGCUCCAGGGCGAAAUGGCUGAACUAAAAAAACAACAGGGCCUAACGGACCAGCGCUUCGCAAUGCUGGAGGAUGAAAGGCGCCAAAAUAACCUCAAAGUAAGAGGAGUACCAGAAGAGGUGCCGACAGACGAACUACCUCAUCUGCACCGGAGGUUACUGGGGGCCCUUCUAACACCCAAAAGGGCCAAAAACGUAGUGCCAGAGGGGGUCUUCCGCAUACCCAAGCCCCGGAAAGCCCCAGCCACAGCGACCCGGGACCUGGUGGUGAAGUUCCACAGCCGAGCGGACAAAGCGAUGGUACUAGCGGCACUCCAGGGGAAAGGCCCCUAUGCUUUUGAAAAUAUGACCCUCACUUUUUAUGCGGAUCUCACUGGAGACACCCUUCAAUGGAGGGGAACGAUGAGGCCAUUCACCACCCUACUCCGGGAGCAUGACAUACGCUACCAGUGGCGCCCGCCACGAAAGCUGCACAUCCAGCAAGGGGAUACCGUAUACUGCGUGCAGGAUAUGAAAGAAGCAGCAGCACUCCUGCAAACCUUGGGCCUCCCAGCAGACAUAUUGCAACAACGUGGAAAAAGAGAACAAGGCCCCUCGAUCAGCAGAUGGGACCCAGCCAACAUCACCCCAUUUGUGCCACAAGGUACCCAGAAAGACACUUACGCAGCAAUUACCACCUGAACACUCGGGCGUUGUCACACAUCACCGCUGCAACUGUCAGCGCUAGGGGAGCACAUCUACCCCCAACUAGACAUCGGAUGACUCACCUUAAGAAGGGGACUUAAUAUUAGGCACAGUGCACAAUACCUCUUUCCCCCCAUACCCCAGAGGAACUCUCAUGACUGCAUUUGACUGGUUAGACACAGUGCGUUGCUUUCCUGCACACCGGCACUGGCAGGACCCGCCAAAUUGUUGAUCCCAAACUGUGGCAGUGCAGCCCCAACAGCCUGGACUUUAGGGGACGUUAUGCUGAGCAGAUAGGGCUAAAAUGUCCCACUCGACCCAAACUGGGGUAUUCUGGUACUCCUUUGUUAAAAAAAAAGGGAGAAAAAGAGUUUCUUUUUUUUUUCUCUCCUUUCAUUUUUUAGUUUGGGACUCACACUUGUGUAUUGCGAACCUCUAUAGGGGUCUCACAUGAGUCCACAUAGUCUCUACCCCCACUUCAGUGCUAACAUACUUAUCCACCAUAAGCUACCUAAAAGUUAAAGCAUGUUAUACUUAUCCUGGUUUGCCUAUCUGUAAAGAGUAUGACCUUUAUUAAUAACCACACUUGCAUAUCGACAGGCAUUAAUAGCAUCAACCUGUUAACGUAUGGGAUAGUGUAGCACAGGUGCCGUUGUCAGCAAAACUCUAUCUUAUAUGUCACACACUCCUGCCGAAAUGUCCCUAUAAUGCCUGUACUCCUACAAAAUAUACUUAGCAAGUUUCAAACCCUGUUGUUAUACCUGUUUUAAAAAUUGUGCAUGAGUAGCAUGAUUUAACAUGUUUUAUUAAUAUAACUUAGACUGCCUCUACCGUGAAAUUCUGUUUAAAGCUGUUAUACUAGAAUUGGCAUAUUAUACAAAACUAUGACUAGGAGCAGCAUAUCUUUGGACAGUGGCAUGUCUCUGGAUCCCUAAGCAUACUAAUAUACCCAGUAAGCAAAUCUCACUCUAACUCACUCUAACCCACUCCCAAUAGCAGUGUCAUACAAAUUAGAGGGACUACCCUGCCUUGUUACACCUGCUCAUGUAGAAAUGUUUAUAUUGAACCUGCCUGACAUGUACUACAAACGUAGAUCUUAACAUCCUUGUGAUUACUUAACUCGUUAGGCAGCAAUGGAUGGUCGGACUAGCCGGUUAAACAUAUGCCAAGACACUAUAAGCACAUAAACAUAGGCUCUGGGACCAACCUGCUAGGCAGGACCCUAAUCGAGACCAACGUAAUGUAACAUACAAUAUAGCGAAUCACUGAACAGUAUGGUAGUGGCGCAGUGGAUCCAUAGCAUAUUACCUAAACCUGUACAUAGUCUGUUAAUCCUUAUAAGCUCCUGAUGUUAACCAAAAUGUCUAUUCUACCUUUCGUAACUAUCAGCCUGAUUGAAACUACUGCUGUAGACAUUUAUAUCUAGCCUGACUCCUCCUUAAAAAAUUGUGCUGUCAAUGUUUUCGCCAUGAAACUGUUUAUUCUUUGUUAUACCAUCGGCUUGUAUCUGCUGUUUUGGCGAUAUAAGCGUGUCUGUAAUUCUAAGCACUACAAAAAUAAAGAAUUAUAAAAAAUAAAAAAAACACAUCAGAAGUUGUCAAUUACUGAGAAAAUAAGAAAGUAUUAUUGAAAUAAGAGAAAGAAAGAAGAAAAAGAAGAUGUAAAGAGAGAAGGGGAGGAAAUAUUAAUGAACUGAAAUAAACCUCUUGAAGACUUGCAACUAUUUUUAUUUUUAGUCACAAUAAAUAAGGUUGAUUAUGAUUUAAUUAAAGCCUUAAUGUAGUAGCUUCAUUUAAGAAAUAAAAUGGCAACUAGCAAAAGUACUAUGGAAAAAAAGAAGGAAAUUAAAUCAGUUCAGCCAACAGAAAAGAGGCUAUCUGGCUUUUUUAUAACUCCUUCUAAAGAUUCACAGGAAAAGAAAAUUGAAUGCUUGACACACCCGGUGAAUACUUCCAAUACUAAUUUGGAAACUCCAACUGUUCAAAUGCCAUUACAAUCUCAUGUAACUGUUACAAACAGUACACAAGAUCAAUUUAAACAAUUGCUGGAGUCACAACUCAACAUAUUAAAACAAGAUAUGCUUAUAAGUUUUAGCGAUAUCAAACAAGAUAUUAAUUGCAGUAUCAGUGGAAGAAGUGGCUUCCCGGCAUCUCUAAAAUUUAUUUGGAGACAAGAAAAAAAAUUCCUUUACUGAUGUAAAUGAAGCAAAGAGCUGGUUAGUCAAAAUUAAAGAUGAAAAAUAAAAAGAUUGCUGUGAGAGAAGAAACAAAGACUUUUUUUUUUUUUUUUUUAUGGUUCGCACCUAUGGUAAUAGAAGUAUAAUCUGUGCAAACUUCUCCUUUUGAAUGGUGCAAUAUAAAGAUUAGAGCUUUGAGCUCUUAAUGAUAAGGUUAUAAGGUUGCUAAAACAUAAUUAUUAUUAUUAUUUUUUUUUAUGUAUACACGGUUAGACCACAAAUUUUGUUUUUAAUUAUGUAUAAAGGGAUUUUCUAAUUUAGACACAAUUAACUAUUAAGGUCCCCAGCCACCUGGUUCAGCCAUACUAAUGGGUUGUGAUCCGUGAGCAAAGAAAAGGGCUGUCCAUACAAGUACGGCUGCAACUUCUUUAGGGCCCACACCACAGCCAAAGCGUCUGAUACGGUCUUUUCGUUCAACCUCCGGUAGUCCACGCAGAAGCGGGUCAUACCGACUUAAAAGUUAUGACUACUCAUCUAAUUACAUCAAAAUCUAAUUUGAAUAAUUUGAUUGAUUUAUAAUUAACUUCAAAAAGAAUAAAUAAACCACUUUCUAAAGCUUUAGUAUUGAGUAAAGCAAGUGUCAAAUAUAUAAUUCCAACAGCUAUAUCUGCUUGGAAAAAAGAUCUAAAUAUUGAUCUAAAUUUUAAACAAUGGGGUUCUUCAAUGAUGGAAGUUACGAGGAUUAUACACUCGUUAAAUCUGUUAGAAACACACUUUAAAGUUUUAAACAGAUGGUACUUGGUACCAGAUAAACUAACCAAAAUAUAUCCUUUAAUAAAUCCUGUAUGCUGGAGAUGUGGUUUUGCAAGGGGUAAUUUUGGACAUAUAUGGUGGGAUUGCCAUAAACUGAGAAAUUUGUGGUUGGAAAUUCAAUAGUUUAUAUCCGUAGAUCUGAAACUCGAGUUGAGAAUUUCCCCGGAGGUCGUUUUGUUACAUCUAAAUUGGCCACUUAUGUCGUAUGAAUUAAAAUUAAUUCUUACUCACCUUUUCUUGGCUGCUAAAAUAGUGGUUGCGAGAUGGUGGAAAAAAGAUCUAGACAUCCCCUGGAGGAAAGUUAAAAAUCAACUUGAGUUUCAGAUAAAAAUGUUCAUGUGGAGUAAACAAAAACUAAGCAAAAAAGUAUCUGUCUGGUUGAAAUGUUCGGAAUUAAUUAAUAGAGAAAAUAUGAGAUAAGUAAAAGUCUCUAUUAAGUUGAAAUAAUAUUAGCCAAAUUGUGAAUACUUCCACAUUGGCAAUUUUAGAGCUUUAUUUAGAAUGAUCCUUCCACCCUGUUAAGGAAAACUUUCUGAAUUUCCAAUUAUGUUGCAACGUUGUGUAUUGUAUUAUAUUGUAAAUUUGUAUAGCGUAUAUAUCAUUAGUAAUGUGAUAUAUUAUGUUUGUGCAUAUGUCUUUAUCUUCCAUGUAAGAAGUUUAAAUGAAUCGAAGAUUGAUUAUAUUAUAUCUAUCGAAGUAUAAACUAUUAAUGGAAGUAUUGUUAUUUGUAAAAUGUUUAAAUAAAAAAAUAAAUCUUUUUUAAAAAAAUUCUAAUUGUUUUGGUGCUAAACUGCUAAAUAGUAAAUUUGGGGCGUGCUCUUCAUAUCUGAGAGUCAAAUAGAAGUGUCAAAUACUGCGGUUACAGCGCAAUUGUAAAGAUUCAGAUUUUCUGGGUGCUAAUCUGCUAAAUAGUAAAUUUGGGUCCUGCACUUCAUAUCUGAAAGUCAAACAGAAGCGUCAAAUAGUGCAGUUACUGCACAUUUGUAAAAAUUUCUAAUUGUUUUGCUGCUAAACUGCUAAAUAGUAAAUUUGGGGCGUGCUCUUCAUAUCUGAGAGUCAAAUAGAAGCGUCAAAUACUGCGGUUACAGCGCAAUUGUAAAGAUUCAGAUUUUCUGGGUGCUAAUCUGCUAAAUAGUAAAUUUGGGUCCUGCACUUCAUAUCUGAGAGUCAAAUAGAAGCGUCAAAUAGUGCGGUUACAGCGCAGUUGUAAAAAUUCUAAUUGUUUUGGUGCUAAACUGCUAAAUAGUAAAUUUGGGGCGUGCUCUUCAUAUCUGAGAGUCAAAUAGAACCGUCAAAUAGUGGUGUGACAUAGCAGUUUUAAACAUUCAAAUUUUUUGGCUGCUAAAUAGUACAUUUGCGUCCUGCGGUGCACUUCGAUAUGUGAGAGUCAAAUAGAACCGUCAAAUACUGUGCUCUCAGCACACUUUGAAAAAUUCAAAUAGUUUUUUGUGCUAAAUAGUACAUUUGCGUCCUGCGGUGCAUUUCUUGCAGUCCAAUAUACAAAAAAAUAAAUAAACAAAAAGAAAUUGUUGACUAUUGGCGUUUACAUUGUCAUCUGACAUAAAACAUCUGUUAGUUUGGUGGGUGAACGCAAAGAAUGAGGAGAGCAUCAAAUAAUUGACGUGGUACGCUGACAACAUGCUUUUUUUACUUACACAACCCAAUGCAAACACUACCCGAGUUACUGGAGGAAUUCGACGCCUACGGACGAGCCUCGGGGCUCAAACUAAACCACGUGAAGUGUGAAGCCCUGCAAGUCUUGACCUCGGCACCCGAGUUGGACCAAAUUAAAUGAAACUUCCCUUUCAGAUGCUGCGAAGACCAGAUGAAAUACCUAGGUAUAUGGAUUUCAAAUAACCAGACAGAAACAUACUCACAGAGCUAUACCCCGCUCCUUACACGAAUCCAAGGAGACCUAAAAUCGUGGAACCAUAACUACAUCUCCUGGCAUGGUCGAAUAGCGGUGGUCAAGAUGAAUAUCCUACCGAGACUCCUCAACUACUUCAACACCAUACCCUGGCAUAUACCACCAGACUUCUUCGCGACGAUGAAAUCAGAGAUCAGCACCUACAUUUGGAAGGGGAGCAGGGUACGACUCAGCCAUGACAAAAUAUGCCUACCCAAAUCAUGGGGGGGACUGGCAUUGCCCGAUUUCCGCAAAUACUACCACAGUGGAUAAGAGACUGGCAUACAGCCCCGAACCACAAACUAUGGGCUGUGCUAGACAGGGAAAGCACGAACAAAACCCUUCACUCGCAAGUGUGGCAUCAAAACCCGAGAGAACCACCAAACAUCAAUAAAACCUCCCCCAUAGCACAAACACUGAAAACAUGGGCUAUAGUGAGAAAAUAAACCUACAUAUUCCCGCAACCACUAAUCCCGCUACCGAGAAGUGCAUAGCCUGUAGCAGACGGAGAUGUAUAUCUGCCCCUAAAAGAGGUGUUAAACAACACAGGACUAAAGAGUCUACGUGAAUGGACCGGGACUGAAACCUCCAUGAUGAUGCACAGAAUCAGACAUUUCUACUAUAAUAUCCCGAACAGACAAGCAAUACAUAAAGCUACCACAUGCAUCAACGCACCUGAAGCAAAUGGGAGAGUAUCCGUACUAUACCAACGAAUGAUAAUCGGCGACUGGGACAGGAAUGUAGCCUAUAAGAGACAAUGGGAGGACCUCACAGAUAGAACAUACACGGAUGCACAAUGGGAACAGAUACUCAUACUACAACAUAAGAGCUAGAUCAGUACAAAAUACCAGAAAGCCAAUUUCAAGCUGAUCUCCCAAUGGUACCGCACACCUGCGCUACUACACAGGAUAUUCCUGGGGACCCCUGACACAUGCUGAAGAUGUGAGGCCCAGGUGGGAACAGUACGACACAUCUGGUGGGACUGCACUAGAAUAAGACCAUACUGGGAAGAAAUACGUCAGGAAAUGACUGAGAUCCUGGGUGAAAUACCGGAACUUAGAAUUGAAAACGCACUGCUCCACUUCACAGACCAAUCUAUCGCACUAUACAAGAAAUCCAUCAUGAGGCACCUACUCAACGCCGCUAAAUCCCUGAUUCCAAUGAUGUGGAAAAGCACCCAACUGCCCACAAUUGUGCAAUGGCUACAGAAAGUUGAGGAGAUUCACUCACAGAAGCAAAAUACGCAGACUUACUGGGACGAAGCACAAAGCACACAGAACUCUGGGGGCCAUGGUACAUGUAUCUAACACACCCACAGGUACAGGGAGGAAGGAGAGGAAACACAAGAGACAACAGGACACACACGAGCAGCCAAUAACACAAGCAAGACACCCUUUCCCGACCCCCACACCCCUCCCCCGCCCUCGACCUACCUCAGAGCUCUUGCGAGCACGACCGGUGCCCAUGCAGCCUACCCCAGAGCCCCUGGGAUGUACAAAUUAGAAAACAGCGAACAUAAACCUAAACACCCAGGGACCGGCAAAAUGGGAGGCGAGGAGGGAGGGAAACACAACCGGGAAGGGUUGUUACAUAACCUCUUACAUAACCGAACUGUAGCAGCGCUAACUAAAAGUAGAGGAAGAACGUGACAGGGACAUUUGCCAAAUCAACAAACAAACUAAAACUGGAGACAAACCUUUCACUGAACACAUAUACAGGAAUAAGAUGUUUUUCCAAAGCUAAAAUCAAAGAUUCCAUCUAGUGCUAUUUUAAGGCUCAGCUGUAUUUUUUAAUUUUUACGUUAUUUUAAGUGAUUUGCUUAUCCACAUUUGUUUGCAGGGCACUUGUCCUACUCUCACCCCCAUUUUACUUCCUUUUGCAGACCUCUAGCCCUUUCCAGGACUUGUUUAGAGGCAUUUUUGUGCCCAAAAGUUCAGGUCCUCAUUGACUUCAAUGGGGUUUGGGGACUUUUUUUCAAAGUUCGGCCGAACCCGCUGGACCCGAACAUCCAAGUGUCCGCUCAACUCUAAGUGUAAGGUAAAUGCAGCAGCUACAACACUUAAAUAUGGAUCUCUCAAGUCCACCCAAAGUACAGUGUUGUCAAGAUUGGUAAAAAUAAAGUAAGGUUAGUAAAAGUACCAACCACCUAAAAAAAAAAAAAGUGCAGCGCUGGAAUAAUAUAUACUUACCCCAAAUGUUAGGGGUAUAGUAUCUUGGAGCUCAAUGUAUAUAGGAAGAAAGAGGGGGGGGGGGGUACUGAGAAAAUAAUCAAAUGGUGGAGUAUAUAAAAAUUCAGAUCUAGUGAUUGAAAAAAAUAUAUAGGGAUCAACUCACAAAUAAAGAGCCAAGCAAGGACUGGCUCAAAUCUUGUUCACUUUGGUGCACAUCAGGAGACACCUUCCUUCUUUAGCCUCUUCCUUCAUUUCUCAGAAUAUGCAGAGACAGAAAGAGAUCUUUAAGGUAGUAUGUACAGCCCAGCCACGUAUAAAAAAAAUAGUUGAUAUUAAUUGCUCACCUUGUCAAGAGUCCAUAAAAUAUACCUGGCUCUAGGUUUAGUAGCUUUAACCCACUAAGGGGGGUUCACCUUCUUUUUGGAGUUAGAUAGCAGCAGACUUGGGACUAUAUUCAAGAUCCAAUCGAUCAAUUUAUUACAAAUAAAAAAUAUUAAAAAGAAAUUCAACAUAUAAAUUACAAAAUAACAAAUAGUAUGAAGUCCUUUCUGCCAGAAUAAUCCUCGAGACGCAUUUCGCCGUUAUAUUGGCUUUUUCAAUCAAUCGAUUGAAAAAGCCAAUAUAACGGCAAACCUCAAAAUUGGGAACCUCAAAAUUGGCAAUAUAAAAUUAUAUUCUUCUAUUUAAGCAGCGCGAUUGAAUACAAUUAUUGUAGAAAUAAUCCAUAAGGACCAGGUGGGAUUUGUUCAGGGUAGAUACGCAAUUACUAUUAUACGAAAAUUAAUUAAUAUAUUGGAAAUAGUUGAAAAAAAAUAGGACCCCUCACUCCUAACCCUGUCAUUAGAUGCUGAGAAAGCCUUUGACAGGGUUAGCCGGAGAUAUUUACAAUAUUCGUUGAUGGCAUUUGGUUUGGAGAGAGCUAUAUUGGAAGCAAUUAUGGCAUUGUUCCUGAAUCCAUCAUCAAAAGUGGUGGGCAAUGGGUUUAGCUCUGAAUGGUUCACAUUGGGAUAUGGAACCAGACAGGGCUGCCCGUUGUCCCCAAUAUUAUAUAUAAUGUCAUUGGAGCCUUUGGCAGCAAUCAUAAGAGCGGAAGAGGCAGUUAUCAGAUCCAAUAUAAGCUAAAUUUAUAUGCAGACGACAUUAUUCUAACACUACAAGAUCCAUGUAAUUCUAUGAAGGAAGUGAGGAAUAUUGUGGAUAUGUUUGCAAAGAUAUCAGGUUAUUAAUUGAAUAGGUAGUAAUAUUGAAGAGAGUGAGCGAAAAUUGUUAAGUGAAAAAUAUACAUUUAAGUGGGAGUUAAAUUCAGUAAGUUAUUUAGGAAUUCAAAUUAGCACAGAUAUAACAACAAUUGUGGAAAAAAAUGUUUUACCUCUAUUAAAACAAAUUAAUAAAAAAUGAAUGGAUUGGAUAAAAAUCCCAAUUUGGUGGGGUAGAAUAAAUAUUUUGAAAUCCUAUAUCUUCCCUAAAUGGGUAUAUCUAUUUAGACUUAUCCCACUUAAUUUCCCAGAGGCUUGGUUAAAAAUUAUAUAGACCGCAUUUAGGAAAUUUGUAUGGCCCCAAGAACCCCAAGAAUAAGUGCUGGAAUAUUGAUGUUAAGAGUCGUUCAAGGUGGUAUGGUUAUGCCUAAUGUGGAACAAGUUUCUGGGCAAGUAGACUAUCACAUGCUAUAAUAACCCAACAGGAAAACAAUAUUAAGACAAGAUGGUGUCAAAUUGAAAAAAGUAAAAAAAGUAAGUAUAUUUUUUUGGACAACUGUAGACCCAGAUAAAACACAAUAUGGAAGGAAGAAGAGAAAAAGCUAUAAUCUAUUCCCUAAAACCAUCUUAGAUAUAUAUCAGAAUUGGGAAACAAUUAGGAAAAGUAUGGGUCUAAAGAAUAAAGUGAUUGUAGAAAAUGAUAUUGAGAUCUUAAAAUAUAAUAUUCAAAACAUAAAAUUAGAGAGAUGGAAAGAUUUGGGCAUAAUAAGUAUUAAGAAUAUGAUGGUUUACAGGGAAAUAAAGUAUUUUAGACGAUUACAACAAGAAUAUGAUUUACUGAAUACUGAAAUAUUCAAUUACUUGAGGGUAAAGGGGUAUAUUAAGAAAUAUCUAUAUACUGGGAAUGCAGAUCAAGUAGAUAGACUUAUUGGUCUCUUUCAAAAAGAGAAUAAUAAGGGGUUGUUAGCACAUUGUAGUAGAUUAAUAAAAGGGGAGGAGAAAUGUAUAAAUAUAAAAGCCCUUGAAAUAAGGCAAAACGAUCUAAAUGUAUUAAUUGAUAAAGAAGACUAGAUGUAUUCUUUAAACUCUAUUAACAAAGUAAUGCAUAGUCUAAAAAUAAUAGAAACUAAUUAUAAAAUAAUGAAUAGGUGGUAUAGAGUACCUGCUUUUUUAUCUAGGAUACACCCAGUAGUACCUAAAAAUUGUUGGGGAUGUGGUAUGAAUAAUGGAGAUUACAUGCAUACAUGGUGGCAAUGUCCACCGAUUCAGCUUUUUUAAAUAUUUUAUUGGGAAGAUUGUUACUCUUUGUCCAAAAUUGUUUUUGUUACAUAUAGGAUUGGCUGUAUGGUCAAAGAAUUAUAGAGAUUUUGUUAUACAUAUUCUCAUGGCGGCUGAGACCGUAAUAGCCAGGCAUUGGAGGAAAAUAGAUGCUCCUAUAUGGCAGGAAGUAGAGAAUCAAUUAAUACAUCAAUUAAAAAUGGAGAGAGGAUUGUGGAUACAAAAAAGAGGUCCACAACAUUGAGCUCAUUCUUGGAAAAAUUGGGCCACAGCAGAAGAGGUUAAAAAAGAUUUAAAGGUUUUUUAAGAUAUGUUUGGGCGGUACUCCCUGAUUGACUGCAGAGGGUGGAGGUGUGGUUUAGGGGAACUUUAUCUUUACCCUUAUAUGUUUAAGGAAGAAUGUAAACACAAUGAACCGUGAUUGUAUUGAAAUUUAAUUAACAUAGAAUGAUUUAAAAAAAGGGAGGAGAAUAAAAAGAUAAAUGUCUUUCUUUUUCUGUAAUGUACUUGAUAAAGAAAAGAGAAGGAAAAAGAUAAAAAUAAAAGGGAAAAAUAAAGAGAUGAACAACCUUCCAAAUACCCUUUAAAUUUCACCAGAAGUGCAAUAGAGCCAGGGACGGUUUAGCCGCGAGGCAAACAAUGCAUUUGCCUUGGGCGGCAUUUUCCAGGGGGCGGCAAAAAAAGCCACCCCCAAAUGCCCAGGGGAAAUGUCUUGUUAGCCUUGCGGCUAACUGACAUGGUGGGCUGGGCAGGCGGCGCUGGCGGGCGGCUGGCGAGGGAGCACUUCCUCUGAGCGGUCUGCUCAGCUCCCUCGCACGCCGCAGAGUGAGGCUGGGAGCCGGAAUAUGACAUCAUAUUCCGGCUCCCAGCCUCACUCUGCGGCACGCAAGGGAGCUGAGCAGACAGCUCAGAGGAAGUGCUCCCUCGCCAGCCGCCCGCCCAGCAGCCACUGGACCCCCAGGAAGAUGAAGAACCCCCCCAGCAUUCCCAAAAGGUAAGGAGGCUGUAAAUAAUAAAAAAACACAAGUGAGUAUGUUAGUGUGUGUGUAUGUUAGUGUGUGUGUGUGUGUGUCUGUUAGUGUGUGUGUGUGUUAGUGUGUGUGUCUGUCUGUUAGUGUGUGUGUGUGUGUGUGUCUGUCUGUUAGUGUGUGUGUGUGUCUGUCUGUUAGUGUGUGUCUGUCUGCUAGUGUAUGUGUGUGUGUGUGUGUGUGUGUCUGUUAGUGAGUGUGUUUGUGUUUGCCUGUUAGUGUGUGUGUGUAUGUUUGUGUGAGUGUGUUAGUGUGUGUCUGUUAGUGAGUGAGUGUGUCUGUUAGUGUGUGUCUGAGUGUGUGUGUGUCUUUUAGUGAGUGAGUGUGUGUCUGUUAGCUAGUGUAUGCAUUUCUGUUAGCUAGUGUAUGCGUAUCUGUCAGUGAAUGUGUGUGUGUGUGUAUUUAGAAGGCGCUGCAGGGGGGAAGGGUUGGGUGGGGGGGUGGCACGGGGAAGGGGGGUGCCUGAGGGGGUGCCUGAGUUUUGUCCUGCCUAGGGCAGCACAAAACAAGGAUACACCACUGAAUAGAGCGCAAUUGAGAAUGGGAGAGUAGCCCCACCAGUCUAAUAAUUAACUGAGGAUCACACAGUCAUGUAAGUAUGUGGCCAUAGCACCCCUAGUCUUGCAUUGUCAUGAAUAUCUAUGACACAAUGCAGAGCUUAACCCCUUAAGGACCAAACUUCUGGAAUAAAAUGGAAUCAUGACAUGUCACACGUCAUGUGUCCUUAAGGGGUUAAAUAAAACAAAAUAUAGCUAAACAGAGAAAAGCAUAUUAGCAGGACUUAGAUUGGCUGGACUGAACGCUAAACAGAAUAGUAUAAGGCUAGCCGAGGUCAGGAUAAUAGAAAGCAAAAAUAUGAGAGAAUAGAUAAAGGUCAAGGACAAUAGAAUAGUCAAGAUAAAGCCAAAGUCAGAUAAGGUAGAUAUUGUAGUGGAGCUGCAAUGCUGAGACUGACUAUCUCCGCUGUAAUCCUUUGGAGCUAGAAGGGAAGUGCUGGUUAGUGAAUAUAGCCCAUUCCCCCAAUAACUGGACGACACACAGGUGUGGGAGUCAACUGGUUUUUAUUAGCCCACACAUGGCUUUUUAUGCACAGCCCCAUAGUAUGGGGUCUUCACAUUACAUUUACAGGGAAUUUUCCCGAGAGGCUCUGGGUCUGAGAGAUAAUUGAAGCUGGGAAUUUAGAUUACUCAAUUAUCUCUCAGUUACAUGAAAUACAUAAAAUAUUAUAAAACAUCCCAAAAACAUAAUAAAAAAUUACAGGAAAUCCACAAUCCUUAUAUCCCCGAAUAGCCUGUAUCUGAGUGCACACCAUAUCCAAAAAGCGCUCAGAUUGGUUUGGCGGAACGAGAUCUCUAUUCAGGAGAAGAUUUCACUGGCCGGCCACAAGGUGAUGCCCCAAAAGAGUUCCAGAAAAUCCAGGACAGUGGCUUUGUUCAGGAGUUCCUGCACAAACACCGACAAACGCUCCCCCUGGCUUUCAGGUAGCAAAUGCUCCCCCUAGUCAGUAGAUCAUAUCUCCCUAAUGUGGUUCUUGUAGUUGGUCAGGAAAGUAUACAGGCAGCAGUACCACCUUGACCGGGGUUCGCGAGAACGUGUACCGAAAUUUGUUCCAUGCACUCGACGAUUAAGUACCGCUGCCUGUGUUUGGGAGGCAAAAUGGCGGCCACCUAUGGAAAGCAUUCAAGUACUCCUUAAUUGCGGUUCACAGCCUGGGGUGGUCGGUGUUCUAAGUCAAUAACAGGGAGGAACCACACACAUUCUGUUCGGUUCCCGAGCAAGGGGGUAUGGAUCUGUUCCAAAGAACUCAAUAUGGGUUCGGGCAACCCCAGGGACUGAUGCCAGGUCCGCCACCGAGAUAAUCAAGGGAACACAAAUGCCUGCCCGUCCCAGCUCUUGGGCCCCCAUAAAAUAAGGCUAACAAGGCAUUUGCCUGGGCAUUUGGGGACAGUGUUCUUUGCUGCCCCCUGGAAAGUGCCACCCAAGGCAAAUGCCUUGUUAGCCUCGUGGUAAAUACAUCGUGACCCACCACACACACUGUAACCCCACUCAUAUAAUGUCAUCCCUCACAUAAUGUCUUCCCCCCUCACACACUGUCAGCCACCACAAACACUGUCACCCCCUGAUGCACUGUCACUCACCAAACACUGUCAUCCACCAAACCCCAUUUCCACACUGUCACCCACACACACACUGACACCCCCAUACAGACUGUCACCCACCACACACAGUAAGUUUUGCCAAUUAAUAAAUACCUUAGCAAGUUUGCCUGUUAAAAAAUAUCACAGAAGUUUGUCCAUUAAUAAACUGUGUUUAUUAAUGGGUAAACUUAUUAGGGUAAUUAUCAGUUGAAAAACCUACUGUGAUUGGGCACUUGACCUAUGUUUAAUGGGCAAACUGACUGCGGCAUGUACUGUUGGGAAAAAUGACACUGUUCUGUGUUUGCACUUUAUUACUCCUUAUUUUUAUAUAUUUUUGCUUGUGGUGCGUGCGGAAUUCUGGGAAGAUCUUUGGUAUGCCUUGGGUGAGAUAAGGUUGAGGAGCACUGGUUUAUAUAGAAAGUGAAAAGAUCAACCUUUUUUGUUUCAGUUGAUUUGUUAUAUUGUUGCUUUUGUGUUUCAGAGGCUCUUUUGCAGAGCAUCCAGGUAUCUCAGAUACCUAAAGUAGUGACAGAAAAUGGCAGCACAGUCACUUUGCAAUGUGGCUACACCCUCACAAGCACAGAUAUUCCAAAAUAUGGGUGGUACAGUUGGAGCAGACAUAUGGCAUCUGGAUCCGAGGUGUCUAAUGUCAGUGAGUCUUUCUCAGGCAGAGUGUCCAAAGUCAGUCCAGACGAUUUCAUCAUCAAAAGAGUAGCAGAUAUUCACCUACACGGAGUGGAUGUUUCAGACACAGGCUUAUACUUUUGUGAAAUUUAUCUACAAACCAGCAUUAUGAUGACAGGUCAAGGACAUGGAACAUUCCUCCUUGUGACAGGUAAGAUGAAUAAAUAAAGAUUAAUAUAUCAAUGAUUGUCACUUGAUGCAGUGCUCUGUGGUUCUGAUUCUGAACAUUCCUUAGAAAGCAUCUUCUAAUGGUCUUUGUACAAUAGGUAUAUUUACAUAAAAAUUCUCUGUACAUAUUAUCAAGAUUAUAGUUCCAAUCAAAGCAGAUUUUUCCACUGUAACUGUUGCCAUCAUAAUCCUUGAUAUUCAUCAGUAACUGAGCCCAAUUAAAAUGUAGGUCCCUGUCUCACUGCUCAGUGUAGUUCAUAAUUCUUGUCUGUAAGACUUGCCCCCUGGGUCAGUGACAUGAAAGGAUACAUUUUUGCUGUUCAAGAUCCAUCCAGCUUGUGCGUGCACACACUGAGUACAUCUCUAAACUCCUUUCUCUAGUUCUGGAGUCAGAGUUGAGAAUUGUGAAUAAAUUGAUAGCAGGAGUAUGGUAGUAUACCUCCCACCAAUAUUCCCCAGUAAAUGUCCCUAUAUCCCACAGUUCAUAUACCCAUGCCCCCCCAGUGUAUGGAGUACAAUAUAUUGGGCCACUAACAACCUCAAUAUAUGGCAUGUCACCCUCCGACAUCAAUAAUGAGCACAAAACAAUGAUCUUCUUGCAAAGUGUCAGAUUUUCGUUGUUGUUUCCAAUGUAUAUGAGAACACUAUGGGCAACACAACAGCAAAAAUGCCUCCACAAACAUUAUCGAUAAAUGAGCAGUUGGGUGGAUUUCCUAUUCCCCAACACAUUGGACAUGUUUUUCUAGGCACCAGGAAGCCAUUAUUUGUUCUUUUGUUUUGUCUUGGACAAGCAGCAAGGUUACUACAGGAGGGUCUGGGGGUCAGGCAGAGUGUGCAGACCACAGCAUUCACUCCCUCGCCAUCCUGGCAAUCACUAAUAAGUCAGAGCACAGUUGAUUAAAUUCAUAUAAUUCAUGUAAUCAUAUCCAUUACAUGUGUCCAGCUGCAGCACUAGAGGGCAGUACACCAUAUAGAUCUGUGACAGCAGAAGAUGGACUGCACCAUUAGUUGGUGAAUCAGGCAUAGAUAAUGUUUGCCUUUUAGUUAAUACUUUGAUAUUUUUUGUUAGUAAAUUCACUGUUCUGUUAUUCUGCUCAUACAGUGUUGUCACAGUUACUGAGAAGUACCACCACCUACAACUUACCACUCUCAUGUCCACUACUAUUUGCAACAAUGGCUGCCAUGUACUUAAUAGGCAUGAUGAAGACAUUAUAUACAGUUGCAAUCAAAAUUAUUCAACCAAGAUUGAAAAAAUGAUGACAUAGAAAUUCAUCUACAGUUGCAAUCAAAAUUAUUCAACCCCCUCUUAACAAUCAGGUUUAUUGUCAAAAUGUACAGACUUUCAGCUUUUUGCAAUGAACAAAUCAAACAAAAGCAAUUGAAAUAGCGCAACAAAAUGAAGCUUCAACUAGUUUCCCCAAAUUCAGUUGCAACUGAUAAUGACUUCUCCAGUCUCAAACUAUUCAACCCCUUCAUGGCAAACAUCUUUAAUUCUUAGUAGAGCACCCUUUUUGUUGUUGUGACCUGCUGCAAACGGGAUUCAUAGCCAGACACCAGCUUCUGGCGGUGUUACUGAGGAUUCUAAGGACAUGAGCAAUGGCAUUCAGUUCAGUAAUAGUCUUGGAUUUGCAGUGUGCAACUGUCUUCUUCAAAUUCCACCAGAGAUGUUCUAUCGGUUUCAUGUCAGGUCACUGUGCCUUAACUGUGCUAACUGAAACCUCAGUUCCUGUUGCCACUCACCAAGUUUUGAUGCAGGUCUUUUGCAGUCACUUGAGGGUUUUUUCCAACCUGCCUUCCAGACACGGUUCCAACUGUAGAUGAAUUUCUGUGUCGUCAUUUUUUAAGGUAUUUUUUUUCUAGCAGCUAGCUCAUAAGCCCAUCAAAUGCCCUGAGAGUUAAAGGGUUACUCCAAGCAUCAUAACUACUACAGCCCAUUGUAUUGGUUUUGAUACCAGGAGUGUCCUGGCAUCGUUCCCUGGUAAUGAGGAAACUGUUCUGUAAUGGUUUACCCUCUUACCUGGAUCCGCACGUAGUGCCUGAACCAAGGUUAACGUAAUCCAGCUUGUACAGAGCUGCAGAAGAUGAUGCAGAUCCCGCUGGUUUCUCACCGUCUGAGUGCAUCAGCUGAAUGUUACCAGCCAAUGAAUGACCUUCUACACAUAUAACUAUGCACAGAAUGUACACUAAGCAGCAAGGAACUUCUGUUCAUGGUUGAUUAAUUAUACCUCAAUGAUGCUGCUAGAGAAAGAGUUAAAGCAGCGCUCUCACACCCCCUACUUCUCCUCAUGAAAAAAAGUAUUUCAUAACGUUAGAAUCUUUAUGAAAUACUUAUUUUGACUGUGUUGAAAAUUCACUGAAAAUUCCAAACCAAUCAAGAGAUCUACAGAUACAAACUACUUUGUCUCUGUACUUUUACUCUGCCUGACUUUCUCAGACACUGUGCGGGGCUGCAUUGUCUAUCCUGAAAGCCAUUGCAGGGAAUCAGCUCUAUGGGGGAUCCCAUGAUUUUGUGGGAUCCUUCAUAGACUUCAAUGCUGUACUCUCCUGCAUGCUGAUGCACCAGGAGCUGUAGAGGACCAGCUGGAGGAAGAUGGCCACACCUGCGAGGGACAGAUUCAGGUAUGUAAAUCUCACUUUUAACUGCCACUCCCCCCGAUCAUUGACCACCAGUGGUGAUGUUACCUUGGUGGGUCUUUGCAAAUUUUGCAAAGUCCCCAAAUGUUGACAGUACUGCUUUAAAGCUGGCAGCGAAGUUGUUAAAAUCUGUAUAUGCAGCGUUUUAUAGUAAAACAGUGCACAUGCAGACUCCAUAUUAAGUCAAGUCACUGAAUUGCUGCCAUUGGUUGUCUUUGGCCUGCUAAGCAUGCAUGUAUCAUAUUCACAGAAAUAACGUUAGUUAAUGAUGCUCCGGCAGCAAUGCGCUGCCUUUCAAGCUGAAAUAUAUCCAGUAUAAUGACAUAUUAGGCCUGAGAAUGAUGCAGAAUUACUUGCGUGCCAUAUUUUUAUACUUGUAUUCUAAUAUGAAAGUGUAUGUGAUUGGGGUCAAUGUCAUUCCUUAUAGUUGCAUCCUGCUUUAUUGUCCGUAUGUAGUAUUAAGGUUAAAGGAGCACUAUAGGGUCAUGAACACAAACAUGUAUUCCUGACCCUAUAGUGUUAAAACCACUAUCUAGCCUUGCCCCCCUUUGCCUCCCUAAAGAUAGUAACAUCUUACUUGUAUUCCAGUCUGAAGCUGCUGCCUCUGCCUGUGAACUUCCUCUGACCUCUGACAUCAUCAGAAGUGGUGGCCUGAUCCAAUCACAAUGCUUCCCCAUAGGAUUAGGUGAAAAUGACAAGGAGGCAGAUCAGGGGCAGAGCCAGCACAAUUCAAACACAGCCCUGUCUGCGUGCAGAGGGAGGAGAUACUGAAUGUUUGGAUGCAUUUUAGGCAUCUGAGGUGUGUCCAGUGACGUUAUCACUAGGCUGUAAUGUUAACACUGCAUUUUCUCUGAAAAGACAGUGUUUACAGCAAAAAGCCUGAAAGAAAUGCUUUUAAAAAGAAGCUGGAGUCUUUGUCCUGUAUUUAAACAUUUUUCUUUAAAAUCUGGCAAUUACCACUGUCAGAAGAACAAUAAACAAUAUUGCUAAGAACACUAAUAACACAAUCAGAACUAUGGAUAUGAAAUAUUUUUCAUGAAAUUAGUGACGGCAAUUUGCCUCCUACUUAGGGAAUGAUCUCCAUUUAUUUUUAUUUUUUUCUUGCUUUCAUAACUAUUUUUUACUUUGCUUGUUUUUGCUGCUGUAUUUUCUGUGUUUAUAUAAUGACAUUCUUAAAUCUUCUCUCUUUCAAUCUCACUAUUCAAUCAGAUCAUCCCAAGGAUUUCUCCAUCACUAAAUUAAGCAAAAUUAAAAUUACAGUUGGAGCCCUGGUUUUGGUCACCAUUUUGUCGACAAUUUUGUAUUUCGAAAGGUAAUAGAAAAUAUAGUUUUUUUUUGUUAUGGUAAAAUAAACUAAUUCAUGCAAGUGUUUACAUAUUGCUUUUUAUUUUGUUUUGUUUUUACUAUAUAGACGCAAGGCGCUAAGCAAGAAACUAGUCGUCAUUUGACCAGCUGCUUCUUGAACUUGGCUGAAAAUAGGACCCAGCUGCAUUAUCAAAAGAAGUAAACAAUUUUGAAAAUACAUUACAGGCUUGGAAUUUUUUUUGGAUGGAAGAGGAAGUUAAACUGUGUUUGUUCUUUCAUUUCUUGUCAUUGAAAGUCCAACAGAAUACCACAAACGUGUUACAGUUACGCACAACAAACAGUCCUUUAGCAUGAUGUCUGCACCAGUGACUGUAGAGUUUGUCAUCAUGUCUCACACCUGCUGCACUAAUGAAACCCUUUUAGAGAACUUCAAUAGUUGAAAAAUAGGUAUUUCGAUUGUAAGCUUGUUUGGGCCCUCUUCAUCUACUGUUUCCGCAUGUCACACAUGUGUUGUUAGAAUUAAAUGUUUGUCUUGUUUGCCUAUUGUACAUUGCUGCAGAAAUGCUGGCACUAUACAACUAACUGUAAUUGUCAAGUACGCAACAUGCCAUAUAUGCAGAGUUCUGGAUUAAAUUCUGGACUAUCAAAUUCACACAGGUUAAACCAGAGCUUUGCCAGAUUGCUUGUGAUAUAAUAAUUUACCCGAUAAGUCUAAUCCGAGAGAUCAAAGCGUUGAACAUAAUUGAGAUGAUGCUUUAAAGCUUUCAGAAAUAUUGUUUUAAAUUUAC